GCAGGUAAAAUGAGUAUGGCCUCAGCUGAAUCUACAGACCAAGUGAUGGAGGAGGAAGGUCAACAUCAGAUUACAGACCAAGUGAUGGAGGAGGUAGGUCAACAUCAGAUUGUCUUUCUAUUUCCCCUUGUACUUUUUUCAAAUGUAUUCACCUGGGCACAAACAUAAACAUGUUUUACAAGAACUGGUUAAAAGUAGUAUAUAGGGAAUAGGGUGCAACCAGUCUCUAGCUGCUGUGGGAGAUGAUGGGACAAUACGGGUCUAUUCUAAGGCUUUUUCCUCUUGGAGGUUUUUAUUAGACUCAUGAUAACUGUUUACUCCUCAGCCUGGGAGCUCAGACACCGAGAGACCCUCCCCUUCUCACACCAAGAGGAAGCCUGCUGUCGCAGCCAAGCACACCGGAGGGAAUGAGUCUGCCACCUCGAAUGAGAGUGGACAGGAAGAUGGCGCCUCUGACAACCCCUCAGAUGGUAAGGGCUACAACUAGACCUGGGGCCAGUGUUUUAAUGCCUCUUCAUAUCGUUGUGGUGCCAAAUGUUGCGUUUUGUGGAUAAUAAUGUUUCUGCCAGUCUAUUUAUUCUGAGUUGAUAUUCAAGGUUUUAUGUGGUGGUGAAAAAGCAGUUGUUGAGAGUUAUGGGAUCUGGUCUAAAGCCGUGCACUAUGGGAAUGGGGUGCCCUUUGGGACACGCCCCCUAAAGCCGUGCACUAUGGGAAUGGGGUCACGCCCUAAAGCCGUGCACUAUGGGAAUGGGGUGCCCGACACGCCCUAAAGCCGUGCACUAUGGGAAUGGGGUGCCCGACACGCCCUAAAGCCGUGCACUAUGGGAAUGGGGUGCCCUUUGGGACACGCCCUAAAGCCGUGCACUAUGGGAAUGGGGUGCCCUUUGGGACACGCCCUAAAGCCGUGCACUAUGGGAAUGGGGUGCCCUUUGGGACACGCCCUAAAGCCGUGCACUAUGGGAAUGGGGUGCCCUUUGGGACACGCCCCCUAAAGCCGUGCACUAUGGGAAUGGGGUGCCCUUUGGGACACGCCCCCUAAAGCCGUGCACUAUGGGAAUGGGGUGCCCUUUGGGACACGCCCCCUAAAGCCGUGCACUAUGGGAAUGGGGUGCCCUUUGGGACACGCCCUAAAGCCGUGCACUAUGGGAAUGGGGUGCCCUUUGGGACACGCCCUAAAGCCGUGCACUAUGGGAAUGGGGUGCCCUUUGGGACACGCCCUAAAGCCGUGCACUAUGGGAAUGGGGUGCCCUUUGGGACACGCCCUAAAGCCGUGCACUAUGGGAAUGGGGUGCCCUUUGGGACACGCCCUAAAGCCGUGCACUAUGGGAAUGGGGUGCCCUUUGGGACACGCCCCCUAAAGCCGUGCACUAUGGGAAUGGGGUGCCCUUUGGGACACGCCCCCUAAAGCCGUGCACUAUGGGAAUGGGCUGCCCUUUGGGACACGCCCCCUAAAGCCGUGCACUAUGGGAAUGGGCUGCCCUUUGGGACACGCCCUAAAGCCGUGCACUAUGGGAAUGGGGCGCCGUUUGGGACACGCCCUAAAGGCUUCCCAGCCGAAACAGUUCGGUAGAGUUUGUGCAUCCGGAAAGUAUUCAGAGGCCUGCCCUUUCCCCACAUUUUGUUAUGUUCCUCUGUGGAGAUGGGAGAACCUUCCAGAAGGACAACCAUCUCUGCAGCACUCCACCAAUCAGGCCUUUAUGGUAGAGUGGCCAGUCGGAAGCCACUCCUCAGUAAAAGGCACAUGACAGCCCGCUUGGAGUUUGCCAAAAGGCACCUAAAGACUCUCAGACCAUGAGAAACCAGAUUCUCUGGUCUGAUGAAACCACGAUUGAACUCUUUGGCCUGAAUGCCAAGCGUCACGUCUGGAGGAAACCUGGCACCAUCCCUACGGUGAAGCAUGGUGGUGGCAGCAUCAUGCUGUGGGGAUGUUUUUCAGCGGCAGGGACUGGGAGACUAGUCAGGAUCGAGAGGGAAAGAUGAAUGGAGCAAAGUACAGAGAGAUCCAGAGCGCUCAGGACCUCAGACUGGGGCGAAGGUUCACCUUCCAACAGGACAACGACCCUAAGCACACAGCCAAGACAACACAGGAGUGGCUUCAGGACAAGUCUCUGAAUGUCCUUGAGUGGCCCAGCCAGAGCCCGGACUUGAACCCGAUCUAACAUCUCUGGAGAGACCUGGAAAUAGCUGUGCAGCGAAGCUCUCCAUCCAACCUGACAGAGCUUGAGAGGAUCUGCAGAGAAGAAUGGGAGAAACUCCCCAAAAAUAGGUGUGCCAAGCUUGUAGUGUCAUACCCAAGAAGACUCGAUGAUGUAAUCACUGCCAACAAAGUACUGAGUAUAGGGUCAGAAUACUUAUGAAAUUUAUUAUUUCAGUUUUUACUUUAAUUAAUUUGCAAAAAUGUCUAAACCUGCUUUUGCUUUGUCAUUAUGGGGUAUUGUUUGUAGAUUGAGGGGAAAAAAACAAUUAAAUCCAUUUUAGAAUAAGGCUGUAACGUAACAAAGUCUGAAUAUUUUCCGAAUGCACUGAAUAUUAUGAGGACAUUUUUGUUUUUUUCCGGCUGUUCAGGCACAGGCUUAAGUUCGGAGUCGAAGUCUACACUCAUCAGUGAUAUGUCAACAGUAGGGAUUCUUCAGUAAAGUCUUAGUCAUUCAACAAGAGACAACCCAUUUUCAUUCAGAUUUUUUCAUCGGAAAACACUGCGCCAAACAUCUUAGUUAGAUGUAAAAUUGCGCGACUAAGAUCUCUUUGGCAAAAAUGUCAAAAUUACUUACAGAUUUCUUGUUAUCUUAGAUUAGUUCUAUUUUGAAGAAGUGCAUACUGGCUACGGCAUCUCAAAAUGGACAAACAGUGCUAUUGCAGCUUUUUUCUAGUUUUUCAAGGGAAGGUGUUUUAAGGGAGUGUGGAGCAGACUGUUGGUUCGGCUAGGCCCAACUGACACCCUAAGUCCUCUCCUUCAGGGAUGUUGGUGGUGCGGCCUCCUCCCGCUAGGACUGACAAUAAGGAGGACAAGAGCAGAGGAGCCAUGAAGCUCCGAGUGGACCUCUCACGGAAAAAGACAGGUUAGUCACACUGCUACUAACCAGGGGAUAGUCAGAGAAACACAUGCAAACUGUUUGGAUGCUCCCAUUGUUUUUUUUAAAAGCAAGGUUUUGACCAGGAAGGGUGUUCCUACAGCCUAAUAAUCAGAACUGCUGCCAGUUUAAUGAAAUCAAUCCGUUUGGGAUAUUUGUAUUUGUAUUUAUUUAUUAGAGAUCCCAGCUACUCUUCCUGGGGUCCGACACGUUAAAGUGUUUACAUUACAAAUAAAACAAAAGAUAAAACAGUACAUCAUAUAACAUUAUUACACCACUACAUAUCUACAAUACAACAUGUAUAAUACCAUCAUACAGCAGUAUUACAAUGUACGCUAUCUGUUAUCAUGUGUGCAUAUGCGUGUCUGUACCUUUUUGUGUGUCUCUUAACAAUCUGAUUCUACUGCUGGCAUCAGUUACUUGAUGUGGAAUAGAGUUCCAUGUAGUCAUGGCUCUAUGUAGUACUGUGCACCUCCCAUAGUCUAUUCUGGACUUGGGGACUGUGAAGAGACCUCUGGUGGCAUGUCUUGUGGGGUAUGCAUGGGUGUCCGAGCUGUGUGCUAGUAGUUUAAACAGACAACUCGGUACAUUCAGCUUGGCAACACCUCUUACAAAAACAAGCAGUGAUGAAGUCAAUCUCUCUUCCACUUUGAGCCAUGAGAGAUUGUUAGCUCUCCGUGUACAUCCAAGGGCCAGCCGUGCUGCCCUGUUCUGAGCCAAUUGCAAUUUGUCCCUCUUUGUGGCACCUGACCACAUGACUGAACAGUAGUCCAGGUGUGACAAAACUAGGGCCUGUAGGACCUGCCUUGUUGAUAGUGCUGUUAAAAAGGCAGAGCAGCCCUUUAUUAUGGACAGACUUCUCCCCAUCUUAGCUACUGUUGUAUCAAUAUGUUUUGACCAUGACAGUUUACAAUCCAGGGUUACUCCAAGCAGUUUAUUCUCCUCAACUUGCUCAAUUUCCACAUUAUUCAUUGCGAGAUGUAGUUGAGGGUUAGUGAAUGAUUUGUACAUUACUUUUACUUUUCUUAUUCCUUGCCACCCAUUCUGAAACUAACUACAGCUCUUUAAGUGUUGCAGUCAUUUCAGAUGCUGUAGUAGCUGAUGUGUAUAGUGUUGAGUCAUCCGCAUACAAAGACACACUGGCUUUACACAAAGCCAGUGGCAUGUUGUUAGUAAAGAUUUAAAAAAGGAAGGGGCCUAGACAGCUGCCCUGGGGAAUUCCUGAUUCUACCUGGAUUAUGUUUGAGAGGCUUCCAUUAAAGAACACCCUCUGUGUUAUGUUAGACAGGUAACUCUUUAUCCACAUCAUAGCAGGGGGUGUAAAGCCAUAACACAUACGUUUUUCCAGCAGCAGAUUAUGAUCUAUAAUGUCAAAAGCCGCACUGAAGUCUAACAAAACAGCCCCCACAAUCAUUUUAUAAUCAAUUUCUCUCAGCCAAUCAUCAUGAUGUUGGAUGUAAACAACACAUGCUGGUCUCUCGGCCUUCCUCUGUGUGUUUGUCCAGAUACCACUCUGCAGGAGCGAAUAGACUGCACCGCCUGUGGACAGCAGGUCAACCACUUCCAGCGCCACUCGGUGUUUGAGCACCCCAUGCUCCAUGUGCUCCUCUGCAAGGUAGAUACCCCUGCAACACCCUAUCUCCAUCCGUCUGUCCUCUGUCCGUCUAUCCUGUCUCUGUCUAGCCUCUGUAUCUCUCUCUCUCUCUCUCUCUCUCUCUCUCUCCGUCGCUCUGUCUCUCUGUCUCUCUCUCUCUCUCUCCCUCUCUGUCUCUCUCUCUCUCUCCGUCGCUCUGUCUCUCUCUCCGUCGCUCUCCCUCUCUGUCUGUCUCUCUCUCUGUCGCUCUCCCUCUCUGUCUGUCUCUCUCUCUGUCUGUCUCUCUCUCUGUCGCUCUCCCUCUCUGUCUGUCUCUCUCUCUGUCUGUCUCUCUCUCUGUCUGUCUCUCUCCGUCGCUCUCCCUCUCUGUCUGUCUCUCUCUCUCUGUCUCUCUCUCUGUCGCUCUCCCUCUCUGUCUGUCUCUCUCUCUGUCUGUCUCUCCCUCUCUGUCGCUCUCCCUCUGUCUGUCUCUCUCUCUGUCGCUCUCCCUCUGUCUGUCUCUCUCUCCGUCGCUCUCCCUCUCUGUCUGUCUCUCUCUCUGUCUGUCUCUCUCUCUGUCUGUCUCUCCCUCUCUGUCGCUCUCCCUCUCUGUCUGUCUCUCUCUCUGUCGCUCUCCCUCUCUGUCUGUCUCUCUCCGUCGCUCUCCCUCUGUCUCUCUCAGCACCCCCGUGCUCCAUUAGGGUUUGGCGAUAUAUCGGAUUAAUUAGAAUGUAUGUUUUUACGAGAUAUUCCAAAUGCCUGUGUCACAAGGGUCACGUUUUUUUUAAAUUAAAUGUAAAAUGUUAAUGUUCGUUUAUGUCCGUUUGUUCUCAUCUUUUAGGUCUGGUCUCCUUUACUCAUUCUGUUCCAUUUACACCAGAGAUCUGGAUAUAAUGACUAGAAUGGGAGUCAUCCCAAAGGUGGGAAGGCAGAUGACAAGUUUAGGUCCAAUAUAAUCCCAUAGAAACACAGUGGCCUUAUUUUGGACAGAUUUUGUCGAGAGUGAAACCUCUCACUUCGCCUCUUCCUCUCUGGUUUACACACACACCAAGCCCCUCCCCCUGCCUCACGCCAAAACAAAGAUGAGAGAUCACUUCUUCCUCUCUGACAAGCGGUUUCAACUUGGUAUUUGAGGUUUGGUCCAACCGAAUCGGUCACAUGGACACUGAAACACAUUGAGACAUUAUUUUACUGUAAUAGAGAAGUUAACCUUUCUAACAAUACCCUUUUUAUGUCUCAACUACUCAAAUUGUGCGCAGAGCAGACACUACUAAAACAGGAGUAUAAAUUAAAUUAAAUAAAUGAACAUUGAUUCUGGAAAAUGAAGGCUCAGUUUGUCGUGUGCGUCAUUGUGCUACUAAGUACCGCUAGCAGCAUUUUAGCCAAAUACUUUUAUAAUAGCUGUCUAGUUUUAUAAUUGUGAAAUAAGCAUAAAACACUAAGGAAUUGGCAUUUUGUUCUCAUUCUGAGAAAUAAGGUAGGCCACUUGAUUUCAACAUACGAACAAAGUGGACAGGCUAACAUGCUGUAGGCUAGCAUGCUGUUCAAACAGCUGGAGAUGGACAGAAGGGUGUGUUCAUAACAAUUCAACUGUUCUGCCUUGUUAGCUAGCAAAUAAAUAAAGUGGGCUGAACUUGAAAUAUAAAUUUUAGCUAGCUAGCCACUAGCACGUGGGCUUGUGCUUGAGAGAUUGUUUGAGACCUGUGUUAAUGCUCCAUAGCGCUGCCAGAAGUUUGACAUUAUUAGUGAAUGUGCGUUAUGGUCCUGCAAAAAAAUUAAUAACAAAAAAAAGGGCAUUUUCUUAUACUUGAAAGCCAUGUCAGUGAUUAUUGCAAAAAAGCAGGUUCAACUAUUUAGAUAAACAUAAUUAAAUUCUGAGUGGGUCUUAUGGCUGUGAAAGGAUUAUAUUUAUCCUAGGUAUAAUUUCACAAGCCCUGAAUUAAUUAGAUUAUUGCUGACUGUUUUAAAUGCAGUGUAUUUGACCUUUAAUUGUACAACAAAGCUUAUUUGGAGAAAACAUUUAAAACAUCUAGAUAUGGAUGUAUACAGUGCCUUGGGAAAGUUUUCAGACCCCUUGACUUUUUCAACACUUUGUUACGUUACAGCCUUAUUCUGAAAUGGAUUUAAAAAAAUAUAUAUAUAUUUAAUCCUCAGAAAUCUACACACAAUACCCCAUAAUGACAAAGCGAAAACGGGUUUGUAGAAAUGUGUGCAAAUGUAUAAAAAAUGUGUUUAAAAAUACCUUAUUUGCAUAAGAACCCGAUGGUCACUCUGACAGAGCUCCAGAGUUCCUCUGUGUAGAUGGGAGAACCUUCCAGAAGGACAACCAUGUCUGCAGCUCUCCACCAAUCAAGCCUUUAUGGUAGAGUGGCCAGACGGAAGCCACUCCUCAGGAAAAGGCACAUGAAAGUGAGAAACAAGAUGGAACCAAGAUUGAACUCUUUGGCCUGAAUGCCAAGCGCCAUGUCUGGAGGAAACCUGGCACCAUCCUUACGGUGAAGCAAGGGGGUGGCAUCAUGCUGUGGGGAUGUUUUUCAGCGGCAGGGACUGGGAAGUCGACUAGUCAGGGUCGAGGCAAAGAUGAACAGAGCAAAGUACAGAGAGAUCCUUGAUGAAAACCUGCUCCAGAGCGUUCAGGACUUCAGACUGGGGCGAAGGUUCACCUUCCAACAGGACAACAACCCUAAGCACACAGCCAAGACAACGCAGGAGUGGCUUAGGGACAAGUCUCUGAAUGUCCUUGAGUGGCCCAGCCAGAGCCCGGACUUGAACUCGAUCUAACAUCUCUGAAGAGAUCUGAAAAUAGCUGUGCAGCGACGCUCCCCAUCCAACCUGACAGAGCUUGAGAGGAUCUGCAGAGAAGAAUGGGAGAAACUCCCCAAAUACAGGUGUGCCAAGCUUGUAGCGUCAUACCCAAGAAGACUCGAGGCUGUAAUCGCUGCCAAAGGUGCUUCAACAAAGUAUUGAGUAAAGGGUCUGAAUACUGAUGUAAAUGUGAUAUUAAAGUUUAUUAUUUAUAAAUUAGUAAACAUUUCUAAAAAUCUGUUUUUACUCUGUCAUUAUGGGAUAUUGUGUGUAGAUUGAUGAGGGAAAUAACAAUUUAAUCCAUUUUAGAAUAAGGCUGUAACGUAACAAUGUGGAAAAAGUAAAGGGGUCUGAAUACUUUCUGAAUGCACUGUAUAUCCUGAAUUGGCAAUAAGUUAGAAAAAUUCCAAAUGUGAUUUUUCGGCCAUAUGCUCCAGGUAGAUCCACCUGUCUUUUGAACAUUAAUGGGACAUAUGGCAGGUAAUGGCACUAGUUGCUUUGUCUGUCUCAGUAUUAUAUUUUCCAAUGUUCCUCCCUUGUUUUCUCUUCCUCUAGUCGUGCUAUAAGUAUUACACCAGCGAUGACAUCAAUAAAGACGAGGACGGCAUGGAUGAACAGUGCAGGUAGGUCACCUCACAGAACACAGAAACAUGGAUGAACAGUGCAGGUAGGUCACCUCACAGAACACAGAAACAUGGAUGAACAGUGCAGGUAGGUCACCUCACAGAACACAGAAACAUGGAUGAACAGUGCAGGUAGGUCCCCUCACUGUUCUACUGCUUGAGUAUUGGCACCUCUUGCAGAAUAUUGGCUCUCAAUUAUGAGUACUAUUUUAGUCCACAUCAAGGGUUACAUCCGAACUGGCACCCUAUUCCCUAUAUAGUGCACUACUUUUGACAAGGGCACAUAGAGCUAUAUAGGGAAUAGGGUGCUGUUUGGGGGACACACCUGGGUGUUAACGUUCAGUAAGUCAUUUUUAGAACAAUUCAGUACUUCCCAACAACAGCUGCAAAUCCCAAUAAAGCUACAUCAGGUUGUUUUGAAGUUGACGUUCCUUGCUGUCUAACUACGCCCCCCAGGUGGUGUGCUGAAGGUGGCAACCUGAUCUGCUGUGACUACUGCCACAACGCCUUCUGUAAGAAGUGCAUCCUGCGUAACCUGGGGCGCAAGGAGCUGUCCAUGAUCACCGACGAUAACAGUAAAUGGUCCUGCUAUAUCUGCAGCCCCCAGCCCCUCGCCGACAUCGCCUCCAACUGCUCCAACAUCAUGACCAAGCUGGAGAGCUUCUGGCGCACGGGACGCAAGAAAGAAAGGGAGGAGAAGGAGAGGAAGGAGGUGAAAGGGCACAGUAAGGGUAAAGGUCACCACCACCAUGGUAAAGCUGUGGUGAACGGUAAGGAGCAUUCAGACGGGUCAGGGACCCUCACCUUCUCCUAUAAGACCCUGAAGGUCCCCAAGGAGCUGGUGAAGAGGACCAAGAAGCUGAUUGAGACAACCACAGGGCUCAACAACACCUUCAUCCAGUUCAUCCAGCAGGCUGAGGAGGAGCAGGGAGCAGGAGGAGGCGGCAGCGGGACCAGACACAGACACCUCAAGGCCUUCAGGUAUCAUAACACAUGUUGAUAUAAUGACUGCUACAAAGGAUAUGAGGCAGCCCAAUUCUGAUUAUUUGCUUAAUUAUUAUCUAUCAAUCGAUCUCUCUAGGUCUGUUCUGGCUGAUCUGAAGAAGGCCCAUGCUGCCCUGGAGGAGGACCUGGAGUCACAGUUCACUUCCCAGGACCAGGGGAUGCAGAACGGGGAUGCGGUCUCCAACACCGACGGCCAUGAUGGCCACGAUCAGAUGGACAACAUGGUUGAGGAUGGGCAGGAGGCAGAAGAGGUCAAAAUGGCUGACACUGAGGAUGGGGAGGAGCCAGAGGAGGAGGGGGAGGAUGGGGGCGUGUCAGAGGACACAGAGAUGGAGGGGAGCCCCACCCCCAAGCCUCAGGACCACUCAGAGACAGACAGCCAGGCCAAAGACCAGACAGCGGUGAAAGUGGAGGAGGAGGAGGAGGAGGAGGAGGGUGACCGGGAUAAAGACAUUGUGUCCGUCGGGCCGUCCGUCCCAGACGAGCUCUUCCAGAUGGUCGAGAGUCUGGCGGACUCCACAGGGUUAACGCCCGGUAACGACGCCACGGAACCCACAGCGGCUUGCCAAUCAGAGAGCCCUGCCGCUGGCUCAACCAGGAAGUCACAUGACACCCAGAAGGAGAAGGCCAUGCCCAAGGUGAAGAACCUGAUCGUGAAGCUGACGCCCGUUCCCGUGGUUACCACACGCACCUCCAGGUCUAAGAGCAAGGAUAAGGAUGGAGGGAAGGAGAAAGAGAGGAGUAAGAAGGUGGAGGGAGGUGGGGGCUCUGAGGAGGACCGCCGACGCUCCAGCCGCACAAAGACCACACCCCUCAGGAAGUCACCGGAGGGGAAGAACAAGAUGUCCGCCUCCUCUCAGGAGAAGUGCGACUCAGAGGGAGAGGAGAAGAGCCCCAGCAAGCUGAAGAGGAGAACCAAGGGCAGCUCCGAGAAGGGGAAGGAACGGAAAGAGAGCAAGGCCUCCUCCAAGGCCUCCUCCAAGGCCUCCUCCAAGGCCUCCUCCAAGGCCUCCUCCAAGGUGACCUCUGACUCUUCUAAACAGGACGUGGACUCGGAUUCUGACGAGGUUCCAGACAUCCUGGUCCAGACUGCAGCGGCGGAACACAGCUCGGACGAGGAUGUGCAGCAGGAAGCCAACGGUAACCAGGGCAACAGGAGCGUCAAGAAGUGCCUGUUCAAACUGCGCAAGAAAGACGGGGGGGAGGUAGAGGAGGAGGAGGAGGAGGGAGAGGAGGAGGAGGAGGAGGGAGAGAAUGACAAGGAGAAGACCGACAAGAAGCCGGCGGCCAAACGCAAACUGAAAGCCAAAGACUCCGACAACUCAGAGUCUGACUCGGACGAAGACGCUAAGAAGAAGAAAAAGAAGUCCUCCACGGCUUCUGCCAAAAAUACAUCCAAGAAGAAGAAGCAGAAGGGCUCGGACGGCUCCUCUGACUCCGACUCUGACCUGGAGAAGGAGAUGAAGACACUCAGCAAACCGGGGAAACGGAGGAGCAGCCGUGUAAAGAAAGAAAGGGAGGAGGAGGAGAACAAGGGCAGGGAUCGGAAGCGGUCGUACGAGCUGAAACGCAAAGCCAGAGGUAGAGGAGCCAAGCAGCAAGAUUCAUCGUCUGAUGUGGAGGAGGAGGAGGAGGAGGAGGAGGAGGAGGGGGGAGGAGGGUCUGGAGAGGAGAGUGCAGACCAGCAGAAGAUUAAACCCAUCGUGGAGGAGACAUUGGUAGCGGGGAGGGGAACCUUCCACCAGUCCUCGGGUGAGUAGAGCUGUUGUUUCUGAAAGCUGUAUAUUGGGCUCUCUGUUUCUACAAGGCAGACGGUUCACUCUAUUAUAAAUACAGCUGGACGUAAACGCCACUGACUUAACCCCAGACCUCUACAGUGUUUUCCUCAAGUACAUAGAGUAGCUCUGUUCUGGGACAUUUUAAUGCCGUGAUUCCAUCAAAUACACCGCGGAAUUAUGGAAUAAUCCUAGAGAUCUACCCUCCUGAAGGUUUAUACUCCAACCCUGUUCCUGGAGAUUUGUAUUUGUAUUUAUUAGAGAUCCCCAUUAGCUACUCUUCCUGGGGUCCAAACAUAUUAAAGCACUUAUAUUAAAUGGUAAACACAAUAUAAAACAGUACAUUAUAUGACAGUAUUACACCACUACAUAUCUACAAUACAAAAUGUUUAAUACCAAAAAAGCCAAAGACUCCGACAACUCAGAGUCUGACUCGGACGAAGACGCUAAGAAGAAGAAAAAGAAGUCCUCCACGGCUUCUGGGACAUUUUAAUGCCGUGAUUCCAUCAAAUACACCGCGGAAUUAUGGAAUAAUCCUAGAGAUCUACCCUCCUGAAGGUUUAUACUCCAACCCUGUUCCUGGAGAUUUGUAUUUGUAUUUAUUAGAGAUCCCCAUUAGCUACUCUUCCUGGGGUCCAAACAUAUUAAAGCACUUAUAUUAAAUGGUAAACACAAUAUAAAACAGUACAUUAUAUGACAGUAUUACACCACUACAUAUCUACAAUACAAAAUGUUUAAUACCACCAUACAACAAUAUCACAAUGUGUGCAUAUGCAUGUGUCUAUACCCUUGUGUGUGUCUCUUCACAGUCCCCGCUGUUCCAUAAGGUGUAUUUUACCUGUUUUUUUUAAAUCUGAUUCUACUGCUUGCAUCAGUCAGUUACCUGAUGUGGAAUAGAGUUCCAUGUAGUCAUGGCUCUAUGUAGUACUGUGUGCCUCCCAUAGUCUAUUCUGGACUUGGGGAUUGUGAAGAGACCUCUGGUAGCAUGUCUUGUGGGGUAUGCAUGGGUUUCCGAGCUGUGUGCUAGUAGUUUAAACAGACAGCUCGGUACAUUCAGCUUGUCAACACCUCUUAUGAAAACAAGCAGUGAUAAAGUCAAUCUCUCUUCCACUUUGAGCCAGGAGAGACUGACAUGCAUGUCAUUAAUGUUAGCUCUCCGUGUACUUUUAAGGGCCAGCCGUGCUGCCCUGUUCUGAGCGAACUGUAAUUUUCCCAAGUCCCUCCUGGUGGCACCAGACCACACGACUGAACAGUAGUCCAGGUGCGACAAAACUAGGGCCUGUAGGACCUGCCUUGUUGAUAGUGCUGUUAAGAAGGUAGAGCAGCGCUUUAUUAUGGACAGACUUCUCCCCAUCUUGGCUACUGUUGUAUCAAUAUGUUUUGACCAUGACAGUCUACAAUCCAGGGUUACUCCAAGCAGUUUAGUCACCUCAACUUGCUCAAUUUCCACAUUAUUCAUUACGAGAUGUAGUUGAGGUUUAGUGAAUGAUUUGUACAUUACUUUUAGUUUUGGAAAUAUUCAGGACUAACUUAUUCCCAUGCCACCCAUUUCCAAAACUAACUGCAACUCUUUGUUAAGUGUUGCAGUUAUUUCAGUUGCUGUAGUAGCUGAUGUGUAUAGUGUUGAGUCAUCCGCAUACAUAGACACACUGGCUUUACUCAAAGCCAGUGGCAUGUUGUUAGUAAAGAUUGAAAAAAGCAAGGGGCCUAGACAGCUGCCCUGGGGAAUUCCUGAUUCUACCUGGAUUAUGUUGGAGAGGCUUCCAUUAAAGAACACCCUCUGUGUUCUGUUAGACAAGUAACUCUUUAUCCACAUCAUAGCAGGGGGUGUAAAGCCAUAACACAUACGUUUUUCCAGCAGCAGACUAUGAUCGAUAAUGUCAAAAGCCGCACUGAAGUCUAACAUUUAAGGGGCUCCAAAGCUUUUUACUAUCAUUCUUUAUGUCAUUUAUCUUUGUUUCAUAGUGUAGUUUCUUCUUCUUUUUAUUCAGUUUAGUCACAUGAUUUCUCAAUUUGCAGUACGUUUGCCAAUCGGUUGUGCAGCCAGACUUAUUUGCCAUUCCUUUUGCCUCAUCCCUCUCAACCAUACAAUUUUUCAAUUCCUCAUCAAGCCAAGGGGAUUUAACAGUUUUUGCAGUCAUGUUCUUAAUGGGUGCCUGCUUAUUAGUAACUGGAAUAAGCAAUUUCAUAAAUGUGUCAAGUGCAGCGUCUGUUUGCUCCUCAUUACACACCACGGACCAACAAAUAUCACUACAAAACGUAUUGUAUGACCUCUUAUACACAAUAUUAGGCCCAGCCUUUGGAACUUUGGUUUUCCUAGAUAUAGCUAUUAUAUUGUGAUCACUACAUCCAAUGGAUUUGGAUACUGCUUUCAAACAAAUCUCUGCAGCAUUAGUAAAGAUAUGAUCAAUACAUGUUGAUGAUUUAAUUCCUAUGCUGUUUGUUACCAACCUGGUAGGUUGACUGAUGACCUGAACCAGGUUACUAGCAAUCUUGUUUCUUAAACUACAUAUGUUAACGUGGGCUAUUUUGAGCACUUUUCUUCUGGGAUGCUUACUUGUUGUUAUUGCUUUACUGGGAAGCUUAGCAGCAGUAGAUGUGCUCAUGUUCUUUAUGUUAGUGCAGGGUGAGCUGCACACGGUGGACUGCCUCCUCGGGCACACCGGCUCAGUGCUAACAGUAUAAAUCUGGUUCCUGGGCACAUGAUUACUGCACACAAUAGCUGCAGGAUCAGCAGAGGCACCCAGGGCAGCUAGAGGGACACAAACCAGGUUACCCACAUUGUGUCUACCGACGCCCCUGAUGUAAUGUACAUUUGCUGAAGCAUUUUGACAACUCUGCGUCCCAAUGGUAGGGAUUAGCUGAGGUUAAUACUCCAACCCUGGAGAGCUACCCUCCUGUAGGUUAACUCCAACCCUGUUCCUGUAGAGAAACCCUCCUGGAUGUUUAUACUCCAACCCUGGUCCUGGAGGUUUAUACUCCAACCCUGUUCCUGCAGAGCUACCCUCCUGGAGGUUUAUACUCCAACCCUGGUCCUGGAGGUUUAUACUCCAACCCUGGUCCUGGAGGUUUAUACUCCAACCCUGGUCCUGGAGGUUUAUUCUCCAACCCUGUUCCUGGAGGUUUAUUCUCCAACCCUGUUCCUUGAGAGCUACCCUCCUGGAGGUUUUCGCUCCAACCCCAGUUGUAACUAACCUGAUUCAGCUUAUAAACCAGCUAAUUAUUAGAAUCAGGUGUGCUAGAUUAGGGUUGGAGUGAACCUACAGGACAGUAUCUCUCCAGGAACAGGGUUGGAGUGGAAACCUACAGGAUGGUAGCUCUCCAGGAACAGGGUUGGAGUGGAAACCUACAGGAUGGUAGCUCUCCAUGAACAGGGUUGGAGCGGAAACCUACAGGAUGGUAGCUCUCCAGGAACAGGGUUGGAGUGGAAACCUACAGGAGGGUAGCUCUCCAGGAGCAGGGUUGGAGCGGAAACCUACAGGACAGUAUCUCUCCAGGAACAGGGUUGGAGUGGAAACCUACAGGACAGUAUCUCUCCAGGAACAGGGUUGGAGUGGAAACCUACAGGACAGUAUCUCUCCAGGAACAGGGUUGGAAUGGAAACCUACAGGACGGUAUCUCUCCAGGAACAGGGUUGGAGUGGAAACCUACAGGAGGGUAGCUCUCCAGGAACAGGGUUGGAGUGGAAACCUCCAGGAUGGUAUCUCUCCAGGAAUGGGCUUAGAGAGCCCUGGUGUAGAAAGACAUGACUUUACAAUUUAAAUGACUGAAUAUGUCUGAAUUCAGUGUGUUAGUUGUUUUGGAUAUUGUCUAGGUCUUGGACUAGAUGAUCAGAACUAUUUUCUAAGUUGGCAGGGAAAAACACUUAAUGUGGGUUUUGACACUCAUGUAGGUGUCAUAACAUUUUACAUUUGUCAUUUAGCAGACGCUCUUAUCCAGAGCGACUUACAGUUAGAGUUAUUAUUAUUUUUUUCAUUUUUUUCAUACUGGCCCCCCUGUGGGAAUCAAACCCACAACCCUGGCGUUGCAAGCGCCAUGCUCUACCAACUGAGCUACACGGGGCCCUGACCAGCCAUAAAAAACUGAAAGGUGUAAAUAUAUGGGUCACGACGGUAUUACGACAUGGUUAUGACCGUGUCAUAACGCGUUUAUGAAGCUGGGUGUCAAGUAAAGUGUUACUGAAUUAGUUAUUUAAUGCCUGGAUUCUGUGUGGUCCCUAAUGAUCAUAUCUGGACCAGAAUGAGGCUCCACUAUCUAUUGUUCCUGCAGUGAUGAUUCACCGUCUUCAUCGGAUGUUUUCAUAAUUUAUCUGCAGAUAAUCACCAAAAGACUAGGCCUACCAAUAGCCUGUGCAAAUUAAUGAACGUCUCUCUCGUCGAUGUGAUUCGUUAGCCUACACUGACUGACGAGAGUCACUGACUUUAGCGUCACUGUCUGUCCAGCCACUACAUUCUAGGAAAGGAAACCUAGGGAAUCCUUUGGUUUACUUGUCCCGUUGCGAUACCAUGGACAUGAUUUUAUGAAGGGGUAUAGGAGAUCAACUUUAUUCAGUUAGUUCUACACCUUUUUAUAAACUAGUCAACACUUGGUGUUCAGUUGUCAAAGCACAGUAAAUAGCCUGCGCCGUGGCUCUGCGGGAAACAUGCAAAAUAAAUUAAUGUGCCAGAAAACAACAAUUAGGCAAAGUUUCCAUUUAUAUUACAUGGGACGUGCAAAUUCACCAGCAUGCUCUGUGUAAAGAAAUUCAACUGCAACCAACCACAGCGCACACAAACUGUACCGGGAGGCGGGACAGAUGGUAGACUGCGUUUCCCGCUCACUUUGUGACUGACAGUACAGGCGCCUUUCCUAUCAACAGAUCGCUAGAAGAUGCAUAUCGUUCAAUCUAGCGGGAGAGGGCUCGACAGACUAGCGAACGGAAACUUUUUAAUGAAAAGUAACGUCGUUAAUAUGAAGUGGGAAAAAGUAGUCAGCAGAAGUUGCGUCUAACUGGCUGAUUAGCUGAUGGCUAAUGGAAAACACUGCGUCUAACUGGCUGAUUAGCUGACGGCUAAUGGAAAACACUGCCUCUAACCCCUGACCUCCUCUGUGUGUCUGUAGGAGAUGAAGGUAACCAUGACGCUUCUCAGAUGGCUGACGAUGAUGAGGAUCCAGAGAACAGGUAUAGAAACCAAACAUGUCCUCAACCAGCUGACUGACAAACGUCCUUCAUUUGACUUCCUCCUGUCCUUGACUUCCUGUCCUUCUCCUGUCCUUGACUUCCUCCUGUCCUUCCUCCUGUCCUUGACUUCCUCCUGUCCUUCUCCUGUCCUUGACUUCCUCCUGUCCUUGACUUCCUCCUGUCCUUCUCCUGUCCUUGACUUCCUCCUGUCCUUCUCCUGUCCUUGACUUCCUCCUGUCCUUCUCCUGUCCUUGACUUCCUCCUGUCCUUGACUUCCUCCUGUCCUUCUCCUGUCCUUGACUUCCUCCUGUCCUUCUCCUGUCCUUGACUUCCUCCUGUCCUUCUCCUGUCCUUGACUUCCUCCUGUCCUUGACUUCCUCCUGUCCUUCUCCUGUCCUUGACUUCCUCCUGUCCUUCUCCUGUCCUUGACUUCCUCCUGUCCUUCUCCUGUCCUUGACUUCCUCCUGUCCUUCUCCUGUCCUUGACUUCCUCCUGUCCUUCUCCUGUCCUUGACUUCCUCCUGUCCUUCUCCUGUCCUUGACUUCCUCCUGUCCUUCCUCCUGUCCUUGACUUCCUCCUGUCCUUCUCCUGUCCUUGACUUCCUCCUGUCCUUCUCCUGUCCUUGACUUCCUCCUGUCCUUCUCCUGUCCUUGACUUCCUCCUGUCCUUCUCCUGUCCUUGACUUCCUCCUGUCCUUCUCCUGUCCUUGACUUCCUCCUGUCCUUCUCCUGUCCUUGACUUCCUCCUGUCCUUCUCCUGUCCUUGACUUCCUCCUGUCCUUCCUCCUGUCCUUGACUUCCUCCUGUCCUUGACUUCCUCCUUAAUAGAAUUGCCAAGAAGAUGCUGCUGGCCCAGAUAAAGGCCAGCUACUCCUCAGGAGCAGAGGAGAGCGAGGACGAGGACGAGGACGGAGAAGAGAAGGAACAGGAGAAGGAGAAGGGAGGAGAGGAGGAUGGAGAGGAGCAGGAGGAGGGUGAGCUACAAUCUCUUUUUAGUUUGAUACAUUGAAGGAGUGAUUCUGCAGUGCUGUGUUUUAUGAUAUCACUAGACUAGAUGUAGAAAACCCUAAAUGACUGUGUUCCCCUCAGCAGAUGAUGAUGAUGAUGAUGAUGGGGACUCUGGCUCUGACGUGGACGUGAAGAAGGGUGGGGGGCGUCGCCACCGGCUGCUCCGCCACAAACUGACGCUGAGUGAGGGAGAGUCAGGAGAGGAGAAAGAGAAACCAGCCAGCAGGAAGAAGAAGAAGGAGACCAAGAGGACCAGACAGAAAGGUAUGAGGGCUGUCAGUGUGGCUUGCUCUGCCUGUCUGGCCCGGUCUGUCUGGCCCGGUCUGGCUGUCUGGCUGUCUGGCUGUCUGGCUGUCUGGCUGUCUGGCUGUCUGGCUGUCUGGCUGUCUGGCUGUGUCUAGGCCUGUGUCAACACCUAUGGAACUGAAUGAAUGUCCUACUCUGCAAACUGCUAUGACUGUUGUCACUCAGCUCUCCCUCCCUCCCCGUCUCUCUCGCCGUCCUCUCCCCCUCUCCCUCUUUCUCCUCUCCUCUCUCCUUCCCCCCUCUCCUCUCACCUCGAUUUCUCUCCUCCCUCGCCCCUCUCUCCUCCCUCGCCCCUCUCUCCUCCCUCGCCCCUCUCUCCUCCCUCGCCCCUCUCUCCUCCCUCGCCCCUCUCUCCUCCCUCUCCCCCCUCGAUUUCUCUCACCUCUCUCUCUCUCUCCCUCCCUCUCCAGGGGGUAGUGACGACUCAGCAGACUCAGACUUCGAGGAGUCAGCUAGCAGCAGUGAGUCAGGAGUGAGUGAGGAGAUCAGUGAGAAGGAGGAGGAGGAGGAGUCUGAGGAGGAGUCACAGGAGGAGGGCAGCAGCCGCAAGAGGACCACACGCUCCUCCAAGAAUAAGAAGAAGAAGAAGGAGGAGAGGAGCUACGCCCAGAAGAAGAAACGCCGCCGCAUCAAGGUCCAGGACUCUUCGUCCGACGAGAAGGUAUUGGGGAAGGGUAUUCUCCUUACAAAUAUAGAAGUGUUUAGGAGGGAGUUUGAUCUGGAAUUCAGAUUGAUUGGUCAAUGUUUUAUUGGUUACCACGUCAUAGGUCACAAUGUGUGAUUGGUUAGUUGACCCCUGGGGGUUGAAGUUGAAAGGGCAGAGGUUAACCCUCAUUCCCUCCUCCAGAGCGGGUCAGGAGAGGACGGCUCGGGGAAGGAGGACGGAGACUCUCCUAAAGGACAGAGGAAGAAGAUCAGAAAGAUCCUCAAGGACGACAAGCUGAGGACUGAAACCAGGGACGCCCUUAAGGAGGAGGAGGAGAGGAGGAGGCGCAUCGCGGAGAGGGAGCAGCUCAGGGAGAAACUCAGAGAGGUAGAAAGUCAACUGUGUGUGUGUGUAUGUACUCCAGGAAGACUAGCUGUCGUCAUGGCAUCGACUAAUGGGAUGGAAAUGAAGAUGAAAGAUAGACUGAGUCCAAGCUGAGGAGCCAGAUGGAUUUAUGGUCCGUUGUGGCUCAGUUAAGAGCAUGGCACCAGCUAUGCCAAGUUCCCACAGGGAUCACAUAUACUAUAAAUGUACUGUAAGCACUUUUUGAAUACAGUGGAAGUCGCUUAGCGUUUCCUUAGUGUGAAUUUGUCAAUAUCUGUAAAGGUUUGAAUGCUUUUAGUCUAGAAGAUCAGCUGCCCUAUACUCCUAGGAACGUAAAACCUGUCCCAACCAGCAGAAUAAAUGUAUGUGUUUGUAUGUACAGACUGUAAUGCUUUUAGACUAGACUCUAUAUGUCCCUCCCGAACAGGUACUCGUGGUGGAGGAGGCGUCCGCCGUGGCUUGUCCAAUCACAACCAAGCUGGUGCUGGAUGAAGACGAGGAGACCAAGGAGCCCAUGGUGCAGGUCCACCGCAACCUGGUCACCAAGCUCAAACCACACCAGGUCGACGGUGAGAGACUCAUAUUGGUAUAGUAGUAGUAGUAGCAGAGCCCAUGGUGUCGUAGCAGAACCAAUGGUGUAGUAGUAGUGUUAGUAGUGACCAACCCAAACCAGGUCAAACCAACGGUGAGAGAACAAUGUUUGUCUUUAAUCAUAAUGUUGUAGAUUGAUGAUCAGGCCCCACUUUUACUCACUUGUUUACUUACUUAUCAAGUCAUGCUUCAUGGCUGACUGUGUCAACACCAAACAGACGAGGUUCAGUGCUGCCAACAAUGGUAGGAUUUCUGUAGUCUGAGAAAAGCUUUGGGUGUAGAGUGACGUCUGUCUGUCUCUCUAGGGGUCCAGUUCAUGUGGGACUGCUGUUGUGAAUCGGUGAAGAAAACCAAGAAGAACUCUGGUUCUGGAUGUAUCCUGGCUCACUGUAUGGGCCUGGGCAAAACACUGCAGGUCCGUACCACACACUUGUUGUUUCUGGUCGUCAUUUCGGUAUCUUCCUAUAGAAGGCGAUGUUUCUCUAGUUGUGGGAGGAGCAUAAUGUCUACCAUAUAACUAUUUAUCUGAACUGACCCUGUCGUUACCUGCUCCUACCACUAGGGGGUGACACCGUGCCUUACUCUGUUGCAGUGUGAAAUGUUCUACUUCACGCUCUAUCUACAGUUGAAGUCGGAAGUUCACAUACACUUAGGUUGGAGUCAUUUAAAACUCGUUUUUCAACCACUCCACAAAUUUCUUGUUAACAAACUAUAGUUUUGGCAAGUCGGUUAGGACAUCUACUUUGUGCAUGACACAAGUAAUUUUUCCAACAAUUGUUUACAGACAGAUUAUUUCACUUAUAAUUCAUUGUAUCACAAUUCCAGUGGGUCAGAAGUUGACUGUGCCUUUAAACAGCUUGGAAAAUUCCAGAAAAUGAUGUCAUGGCUUUAGAAGCUUCUGAUAGGCUAAUUGACAUAAUUUGAGUCAAUUGGAGGUGUACCAGUGGAUGUAUUUCAAGGCCUACCUUCAAACUCAGUGCCUCUUUGCUUGACAUCAUGGGAAAAUCAAAAGAAAUCAGCCAAGACCUCAGAAAAAGAAUUGUAGACCUCCACAAGUCUGGUACAUCCUUGGGAGCAAUUUCCAAAUGCCUGAAGGUACCACGUUCAUCUGUACAAACAAUAGUACGCAAGUAUAUGGGGGUGGCAGGUAGCUUAGUGGUUAAGAGCGUUGUGCCAGUCGCUGGUUCUAAUCCCCGAGCCAACUAGGUGAAAAAAUCUGUUGAUGUGCCCUUGAGCAAGGCACUUAACCCUAAUUGCUUCUGUAAGUCGCUCUGGAUAAGAGCGUCUGCUAAAUGACAAAAAAUGAAAAAAAGAAGUAUAAACACCAUGGGACCACGCAGCCGUCAUACCGCUCAGGAAGGAGACACGUUCUGUCUCCUAGAGAUGAACAUACUUUGGUGCAAAAAGUGCAAAUCCAUCCCAGAACAACAGCAAAGAACAUUGUGAAGAUGCUGCAGGAAACAGGUACAAAAGUAUCUAUAUCCACAGUAAAACGAGUCCUAUAUCGACAUAACCUGAAAGGCCGCUCAUCAAGGAAGAAGCCACUGCUCCAAAACCGCCAUAAAAAAGCCAGAUUACGGUUUGCAACUGCACAUGGGGACGAAGAUCGUACUUUUUGGAGAAAUGUCCUCUGGUCUGAUGAAACAAAAAUAGAACUGUAAUGACCAUAAUGACCAUCGUUAUGUUUGGAGGAAAAGGGGGGAAGCUUGCAAGAUGAAGAACACCAUCCCAACCGUGAAGCACGGGGGUGGCAGCAUCAUGCUGUGGGGGUGCUUUGCUGCAGGAGGGACUGGUGCACUUCACAAAAUAGAUGGCAUCAUGAGGAAGGAAAAUUAUGUGGAUAUAUUGAAGCAACAUCUCAACACAUCAGUCAGGAAGUUAAAGCUUGGUCGCAAAUGGGUCUUCCAAAUGGACAAUGACCCCAAGCAUACUUCCAAAGUUGUGGCAAAAUGGCUUAAGGACAACAAAGUCAAGGUAUUGGAGUGGCAAUCACAAAGCAGAACUGAAAAAGCGUGUGCGAGCAAGGAGGCCUACAAACCUGACUCAGUUACACCAGCUCUGUCAGGAGGAAUGGGCCAAAAUUCACCCAACUUAUUGUGGGAAGCUUGUGGAAGGCUACCCGAAACGUUUGACCCCAAGUUAAACAAUUUAAAGGCAAUGCUACCAAAUACUAAUUGAGUGUAUGUAAACUUCUGACCCACUGGGAAUGUGAUGAAAUAAAUAAAAGCUGAAAUAAAUCAUUCACUCUACUAUUAUUCAGACAAUUCACAUUCUUAAAAUAAAGUGGUGAUCCUAACUGACCUAAGACAGGGAAUUUUUACUAGGAUUAAAUGUCAGGAAUUGUGAAUAACUGAGUUUAAAUGUAUUUGGCUAAGGUGUAUGUAAACUUCCGAAUUCAACUGUAGGUACUGUGCAUUCGGAAAGUGUUCAGACCCCUCGACUUUUCACAUUUUGUUACGUUACAGCCUUAUUCUAAAAUGGAUUAAAUUGUUUUUUUCCCCUCAUCAAUCUACACACAAUACCCCAUAAUGACAAAGCAAAAACUUGAUUGGAGUCCACCUGUGGUAAGUUCAAUUGAUUGGACAUGAUUUGGAAAGGCACACUCCUGUCUAUAUAAGGUCCCACAGUUGACAAUGUAUGUUAGAGCAAAAACCAAGCCAUGAGGUCGAAGGAAGUCCGUAGAGCUCCGAGACAGGAUUGUGUCGAGGCACAGAUCUGGGGAAGGGUACCAAAACAUUUCUGCAGCAUUGAAGGUCCCCAAGAACACAGUGGCCUCCAUCAUUCUUAAAUGGAAGAAGUUUGGAACCACCAAGACUCUUCCUAGAGCUGGCCGCCCGGCCAAACUAAGCAAUCGGAGAAGGGCCUUUGUCAGGGAGGUGAACAAGAACCCAAUGGUCACUCUGACAGAGCUCCAGUGUUCCUCUGUGGAGAUGGGAGAACCUUCCAGAAGGACAACUAUCUCUGCAGCACUCCACCAAUCAGGCCUUUAUGGUAGAGUGGCCAGACGAAAGCCACUCCUCAGUAAAAGGCACAUGACAGCCCACUUGGAGUUCGCCAAAAGGCACCUAAAGACUCUCAGACCAUGAGAAACAAGAUUCUCUGGUCUGAUGAAACCAAGAUUGAACUCUUUGGCCUGAAUGCCAAGCGUCAUGUCUGGAGGAAACCUGGCACCAUCCCUACGGUGAAGCAUGGUGGUGGCAGCAUCAUGCUGUGGGGAUGUUUUUCAGCGGCAGGGACUGGGAGACUAGUCAGGAUCGAGGGAAAGAUUAACAGAGCAAAGGACAGCGAGAUCCUUGACGAAAACCUGCUCCAGAGCGCUCAGGACCUCAGACUGGGGCGAAGGUUCACCUUACAAUAGGACAAUGACCCUAUUUAUUUGUCAUUAUGGGGUAUUGUGUGUAGAUUGAGGAUAUAUAUAUAUUUAAUUCAUUUUAGAAUAAGGCAAAACAAACAAAACAAAAUGUGGAAAAAGUAAAGGGGUCUGAAUACUUUCCGAAUGCACUGCUGUCUAUACUGUAUCUAACCCUGUCUAUAUCACUAGGUGGUAGUCCUACUGCUGUCUAUACUGUAUCUAACCCUGUCUCUAUCACUAGGUGGUAGUCCUACUGCUGUCUAUACUGUAUCUAACCCUGUCUAUAUCACUAGGUGGUAGUCCUACUGCUGUCUAUACUGUAUCUAACCCUGUCUAUAUCACUAGGUGGUAGUCCUACUGCUGUCUAUACUGUAUCUAACCCUGUCUAUAUCACUAGGUGGUAGUCCUACUGCUGUCUAUACUGUAUCUAACCCUGUCUAUAUCACUAGGUGGUAGUCCUACUGCUGUCUAUACUGUAUCUAACCCUGUCUAUAUCACUAGGUGGUAGUCCUACUGCUGUCUAUACUGUAUCUAACCCUGUCUCUAUCACUAGGUGGUAGUCCUACUGCUGUCUAUACUGUAUCUAACCCUGUCUAUAUCACUAGGUGGUAGUCCUACUGCUGUCUAUACUGUAUCUAACCCUGUCUAUAUCACUAGGUGGUAGUCCUACUGCUGUCUAUACUGUAUCUAACCCUGUCUCUAUCACUAGGUGGUAGUCCUACUGCUGUCUAUACUGUAUCUAACCCUGUCUAUAUCACUAGGUGGUAGUCCUACUGCUGUCUAUACUGUAUCUAACCCUGUCUAUAUCACUAGGUGGUAGUCCUACUGCUGUCUAUGCUGUAUCUAACCCUGUCUAUAUCACUAGGUGGUAGUCCUACUGCUGUCUAUACUGUAUCUAACCCUGUCUCUAUCACUAGGUGGUGGCUCUACUCCACACUCUACUGCUGUGUGACAAGUUGGACUUCUCCACGGCUCUGAUCGUCUGUCCUCUCAACACUGUUCUGAACUGGCUGAAUGAGUUUGAGAAGUGGCAGUACGGCUUCAAGGACGAGGAGAGUUUAGAGGUACACGCUUACUCUUUAUUGAUUUUUACAGUACCAGUCAAAAGUUUGAACACCUACUCAUUCAAGGGUUUUUCUUUAUUUUUUACUAUUUUCUAUGUUGUAGAAUAAUAGUGAAGACAUCAAAACUAUGAAAUAACACAUAUGGAAUCAUGUAGUAACCAAUAAAGUGUCAAACAAAUCAAAAUAAAUGUGAGAUUCUUCAAAGGAGCCACCCUUUUGCCUUGAUGACAGCUUUGCACACUCUUGGCAUUCUAUCAACCAGCUUCACCUGGAAUGCUUUUCCAACAGUCUUGAAGGAGUUCCCACAUAUGCUGAGCACUUGUUGGCUGCUUUUCCUUCACUCUGCUGUCCGACUCAUCCCAAACCAUCUCAAUUUGGUUGAGGUCGGGUCAUCUGAUGCUGCACUCCAUCACUCUCCUUCUUGGUCAAAUAGCCCUUACACAGCCUGGAGGUGUGUUUUGGGUCAUUGUCCUGUUGAAAAACAAAUGAUGGUCCCACUAAGCCCAACCCAGAUGGGAUGGCGUAUCGAAGUGUGCCUUGAAUUCUAAAUAAAUCACAGACAGUGUCACCAGCAAAGCACCAUCACACCUCCUCCAUGCUUCACGGUGGGAAAUGCACAUGCAGAGAUAAUUUCUGAGGCUGGUAACUCUAAAGAACGUAUCCUUUGCAGCAGAGGUAACUCUGGGUCUUCCUUUCCUGUGGCGGUCCUCAUGAGAGCCAGUUUCAUCAUAGCGCUUGAUGGUUUUUGCGACUGCACUUGAAGAAACUUUCAAAGUUCUUGAAAUGUUCCGUUUUGACUGACCUUCAUGUCUUAAAGUAAUGAUGGACUGUCGUUUCUCUUUGCUUAUUUGAGCUGUUCUUGACAUAAUAUGGACUUGGUCUUUUACCAAAUAGGGCUAUCUUCUGUAUACCCCCCCUACCUUGUCACAACACAACUGAUUGGCUCAAAUGCAUUAAGAAGGAAAGAAAUUCCACAAUUGAACUUUUAAGAAAGCACACCUGUUAAUUGAAAUGCAUUCCAGGUGACUACCUCAUGAAGCUGGUUGAGAGAAUGCCAAGAGUGUGCAAAGCUGUCAUCAAGGCAAAGGGUGGCUACUUUGAAGAAUCUCAAAUCUAAAAUAUAUUUUGAUUUGUUUAACACUUUUUUGGUUACUACAUGAUUCCAUAUGUGUUAUUUCAUAGUUUUGAUGUCUUCACUAUUAUUCUACAAUGUAGAAAAUAGUUUUAAAAAAAACUUGAAUGAGUAGGUGUGUCCAAACUUUUGACUGGUAGUGUAUAUGUGUAUAUAUAUGUGUGUGUGUGUGUGUGUGUUUCUGAAAGAUGUGUGUCUGUGCUCCCGCUGUGUGUGUGUGUGUGUGUGUCACUAGGUGACGGAGCUGGCCACAGUAAAGCGUCCCCAGGAGAGGGCCUAUGCUCUGCAGCAGUGGCAGGAGGAUGGGGGUAUCAUGAUCAUUGGCUAUGAGAUGUACCGGAACCUCACACAGGGAAGAAACAUCAAGAGCAAGAAACUCAAAGAGACCUUCCAGAAGACCCUGGUCGACCCAGGUAGGGAGAGGACACACACACACACACACACACACACUCACACUCACACACACUCACACUCACACUCACACACACACACACACACACACACACACACACACACACACACACACACACACACACUCACACUCACACUCACACACACACGGUGACCCAGGUAGGUAGAACACACACACACUCACACACACACACACACACACACACACACUCACACUCACACUCACACACACACGGUGACCCAGGUAGGUAGAACACACACACACUCACACACACACACACACACACACACACACUCACACACACGGUUAAUUCUUGUAUCCAGUUUCUUCUCAACUCUCUCUGCUCUGUGUUCAUCUCCUCCCCAGGCCCAGACUUUGUGAUCUGUGAUGAGGGCCACAUCUUGAAGAACGAGGCGUCGGCCGUCUCUAAAGCCAUGAACUCCAUCAGGACCCGACGGAGAGUGGUGCUCACCGGCACCCCGCUGCAGAACAACCUCAUAGAGUGUAUGUUAGUGUUAGCUAGCCAGAACGGCCCAUAGGGCAGGAGUCAGAGUGUAUGUUACAGUGUUAGCUAGCCAGAACGGCCCAUAGGGCAGGAGUCAGAGUAUGUUACAGUGUUAGCUAGCCAGAACGGCCCAUAGGUCAGGAGUCAGAGUGUAUGUUAGUGUUAGCUAGCCAGAACGGCCCAUAGGGCAGGAGUCAGAGUGUAUGUUAGUGUUAGCUAGCCAGAACGGCCCAUAGGGCAGGAGUCAGAGUGUAUGUUACAGUGUUAGCUAGCCAGAACGGCCCAUAGGGCAGGAGUCAGAGUGUAUGUUAGUGUUAGCUAGCCAGAACGGCCCAUAGGGCAGGAGUCAGAGUGUAUGUUAGUGUUAGCUAGCCAGAACGGCCCAUAGGGCAGGAGUCAGAGUGUAUGUUACAGUGUUAGCUAGCCAGAACGGCCCAUAGGGCAGGAGUCAGAGUGUAUGUUACAGUGUUAGCUAGCCAGAACGGCCCAUAGGGCAGGAGUCAGUGUGUAUGUUAGUGUUAGCUAGCCAGAACGGCCCAUAGGGCAGGAGUCAGAGUGUAUGUUAGUGUUAGCUAGCCAGAACGGCCCAUAGGGCAGGAGUCAGAGUGUAUGUUACAGUGUUAGCUAGCCAGAACGGCCCAUAGGGCAGGAGUCAGAGUGUAUGUUAGUGUUAGCUAGCCAGAACGGCCCAUAGGGCAGGAGUCAGAGUGUAUGUUAGUGUUAGCUAGCCAGAACGGCCCAUAGGGCAGGAGUCAGAGUGUAUGUUACAGUGUUAGCUGGCCAGAACGGCCCAUAGGGCAGGAGUCAGAGUGUAUGUUACAGUGUUAGCUAGCCAGAACGGCCCAUAGGGCAGGAGUCAGAGUGUAUGUUACAGUGUUAGCUAGCCAGAACGGCCCAUAGGGCAGGAGUCAGAGUGUAUGUUACAGUGUUAGCUAGCCAGGACGGCCCAUAGGGCAGGAGUCAGAGUGUAUGUUACAGUGUUAGCUGGCCAGAACGGCCCAUAGGGCAGGAGUCAGAGUGUAUGUUACAGUGUUAGCUAGCCAGAACGGCCCAUAGGGCAGGAGUCAGAGUGUAUGAUAGUGUUAGCUAGCCAGAACGGCCCAUAGGGCAGGAGUCAGAGUGUAUGUUACAGUGUUAGCUAGCCAGAACGGCCCAUAGGGCAGGAGUCAGAGUGUAUGUUACAGUGUUAGCUAGCCAGAACGGCCCAUAGGGCAGGAGUCAGAGUGUAUGUUACAGUGUUAGCUAGCCAGAACGGCCCAUAGGGCAGGAGUCAGAGUGUAUGUUACAGUGUUAGCUAGCCAGAACGGCCCAUAGGGCAGGAGUCAGAGUGUAUGUUACAGUGUUAGCUAGCCAGAACGGCCCAUAGGGCAGGAGUCAGAGUGUAUGUUAGUGUUAGCUAGCCAGAACGGCCCAUAGGGCAGGAGUCAGAGUGUAUGUUACAGUGUUAGCUAGCCAGAACGGCCCAUAGGGCAGGAGUCAGAGUGUAUGUUACAGUGUUAGCUAGCCAGAACGGCCCAUAGGGCAGGAGUCAGAGUGUAUGUUACAGUGUUAGCUAGCCAGAACGGCCCAUAGGGCAGGAGUCAGAGUGUAUGUUACAGUGUUAGCUAGCCAGAACGGCCCAUAGGGCAGGAGUCAGAGUGUAUGUUACAGUGUUAGCUAGCCAGAACGGCCCAUAGGGCAGGAGUCAGAGUGUAUGUUACAGUGUUAGCUAGCCAGAACGGCCCAUAGGGCAGGAGUCAGAGUGUAUGUUAGUGUUAGCUAGCCAGAACGGCCCAUAGGGCAGGAGUCAGAGUGUAUGUUACAGUGUUAGCUAGCCAGAACGGCCCAUAGGGCAGGAGUCAGAGUGUAUGUUACAGUGUUAGCUAGCCAGAACGGCCCAUAGGGCAGGAGUCAGUGUAUGUUACAGUGUUAGCUAGCCAGAACGGCCCAUAGGGCAGGAGUCAGAGUGUAUGUUACAGUGUUAGCUAGCCAGAACGGCCCAUAGGGCAGGAGUCAGAGUGUAUGUUACAGUGUUAGCUAGCCAGAACGGCCCAUAGGGCAGGAGUCAGUGUAUGUUACAGUGUUAGCUAGCCAGAACGGCCCAUAGGGCAGGAGUCAGAGUGUAUGUUACAGUGUUAGCUAGCCAGAACGGCCCAUAGGGCAGGAGUCAGAGUGUAUGUUACAGUGUUAGCUAGCCAGAACGGCCCAUAGGGCAGGAGUCAGAGUGUAUGUUACAGUGUUAGCUAGCCAGGACGGCCCAUAGGGCAGGAGUCAGAGUGUAUGUUACAGUGUUAGCUAGCCAGAACGGCCCAUAGGGCAGGAGUCAGAGUGUAUGUUACAGUGUUAGCUAGCCAGGACGGCCCAUAGGUCAGGAGUCAGAGUGUAUGUUACAGUGUUAGCUAGCCAGAACGGCCCAUAGGGCAGGAGUCUAUCUCCUGUUUCUGUAGUGAGGCAGCUUGAUGUACAGGACACCCCCUGGACAGGACACUAGUCUAUCUCCUGUUUCUGUAGUGAGGCAGCUUGAUGUACAGGACACCCCCUGGACAGGACACUAGUCUAUCUCCUGUUUCUGUAGUGAGACAGCUUGAUGUACAGUACACCCCCUGGACAGGACACUAGUCUAUCUCCUGUUUCUGUAGUGAGACAGCUUGAUGUACAGGACACCCCCUGGACAGGACACUAGUCUAUCUCCUGUUUCUGUAGUGAGACAGCUUGAUGUACAGUACACCCCCUGGACAGGACACUAGUCUAUCUCCUGUUUCUGUAGUGAGACAGCUUGAUGUACAGGACACCCCCUGGACAGGACACUAGUCUAUCUCCUGUUUCUGUAGUGAGACAGCUUGAUGUACAGGACACCCCCUGGACAGGACACUAGUCUAUCUCCUGUUUCUGUAGUGAGACAGCUUGAUGUACAGUACACCCCCUGGACAGGACACUAGUCUAUCUCCUGUUUCUGUAGUGAGACAGCUUGAUGUACAGGACACUAGUCUAUCUCCUGUUUCUGUAGUAUCAUAAGUUUUCACACCGCUUGGAUUCUUUCACAUUUUGUUCUGUUAAAGGGAUUAAAAUUGAUUUUUGUCAUUGAUCUACACAAUAAUGAUGUCAAAGUGAAAAUACAAUUCUACAAAUGAAAUUAGGGUAACUAUUGGAAUUUUAGCGACCAGGAAAUGGCGGAGCGAUUUCUGCAUAUUGCACCUUUAAAUCUGCUUGAACAUGUCAGUCUAGCCUUGACAGAGCCUGGAGAAUUAUAAACAGAAUAAUGGGCUAAUACAGGUGUGGAAAAGCUCUUAGAGACUUACCAAAGACGGUGUUUCUAACAUGUAUUGACUCACGGGGUGAGUACUUAUCUAAUCAUAUAGUAUAUUACUGUUUAUUUUCUCAUACAAUUUUCAAAAAUUAUAGUUUUUUGUGUAGAUGGUCGAAAAUUUAAAAAAAACAAUUAAAUCAAUUUUAAUCUCACUUUGUAACAAAACAAAAUGUGAAGAAAUCUAAGCGGGGUGAAUACUUAUGAUACCACUGUAUUUUGGAAGUGUACCAAUGUGUGUUUGCCCUGUCCAGACCACUGCAUGGUGAACUUCAUCAAGGAGAACCUGCUGGGGUCCGUGAAGGAGUUUAGGAACCGUUUCGUCAACCCCAUCCAGAACGGACAGGCAGCGGACUCCACAGACCAGGAUGUACGCAUCAUGAAGAAGAGGGCUCACAUCCUCUACGAGAUGCUCAAUGGAUGUGUGCAGGUAACACUGUGGACAGGUAACACUGUGGACAGGUAACACUGUGGAUAACUGGCAGCUCACAGCCUCCCUUUUAUAGGCCCGCGGAUCCAUUUCCAAAAACGGACCCCCCCCUGUUAGUUUUUUUUAGGAACUCAGUCAGGUUCUCAACUUAUUGUUGAGAGUUAGAACAGAACAUACAAGGUGAAAUUUUCAAAAUGUGUUUGUGCAUCAGCAGUUUCUCUCUUAUGUGAGUCACUCAAUCAGCGAUGUCAGCUAACAAUUUUUAGAUUGGUAAAUUCGUCUAGCCAGUUGUCCAAACUUGUAGUGAUCAUGGCCGAAUACAGACCGGGCACGCAUGUGCCCAGGGGCCCUGACCUCCAGGGGCCCUGACCUCCAGGGGCCCUGACCUCCAGGGGCCCUGACCUCCAGGGGCCCCCAUGGAUUUUAUAAGUCACUCACUCCGAUAUCAUAUUAUUAACAUGACAAAAUGUUUAGAAUUGCAGGAAAUUUACUUUAAGGGAUUCUUUGGGAUUUUGCCGAUGAGGCCCUUUAUCAGAUGAACUCAUGGAUACCACUUUACCACGCAAAUCUCAGUUUUGGACGAGACUGACUUUGACCAAAUUGUCCUACACUUUGUAGACCAUUUUGACACUAGAAUAAAUGUUUCUGACUGAUAGCGAUGCAACUAGAUAAAUAGUUUUUUUAAUUGUCGCUCUUUAACUGUGUCCCUCCCUUCACAGAGAAGACACUACUGUUUACCUCCCUCUCUCUCUCUCUCUCUCUCUCUCUCUCUCUCCUCCCUCUUUCUGUCUCUCUCUCUGUGUCUCUCUCUGUGUGUCUCUGUCUCUCGCUCUCUCUGUGUCUCUGUCUCUCUCUCUCUCUGCUCUCUCUCUUUCUCUGCUCUCUCUACAGAGAAGAGACUACUCUGCCCUGACCAAGUUCCUGCCUCCUAAACAUGAGUACGUUGUGUCUGUCAGAGUCACGCCCAUCCAGUGUACUCUGUACCGACACUACCUGGAGCACUUAACAGGUACACACUAACCCCUACCCCAUCUAGUGUACACUCUACAGAUCCUACCUGGAGCACUUAACAGGUACACACUAACCCCUACCCCAUCUAGUGUAGCAUUGUACUUCUGUGUGUCUUAAGAGGGAGAGAGAGGGUUAAUCUGGGGGAUUCUGACAGCUCCACUUUGGUCCGACUAGCAAAUUAGAGAGCGGUCUGAUUGUUUCCUCCCCCCGUGGUGCGUCCCAACACAGCAUGGUGACAAUGUGUAUUAGAGCGGACAGCGCGUCCUUAGAUUCCCACGUCCCCCUCUAAUGGGAAGGGAGGACGGAGGAAAAAGGGAGGGGGAGAGAUGUAGGAGGGGGAGAAUGGAGAGGGAGAGACGUAGGAGGGGGUGAGGAGAGUGAGAGACUUAGGAGGGGGUGAGGAGAGUGAGAGACUUAGGAGGGGGAGAGACGUAUGAGAUGGAGAGGGAGAGACGUAGGAGGGGGAGAGACGUCCGGAACAGCUGGUGCUCUCAUGCAUGCUUCAGUGUUGCUUGCCUCGAAGCGCGCAUAGAAGUCAUUUAGCUAAUCUGGUAGGCUAAUGUGACUGGGCAGCUCGCAGCUGGGUUUCCCUUUGUAGUCUGUAAUAGUUUUCAAGCCCUGCCACAUCCGACGAGCGUCAGAGCCGGUGUAGUAGGAUUCAAUCUUAGUCCUGUAUUGACUCUUUGCCUGUUUGAUGGUUCGUCGGAGGGCAUAGCGGGAUUUCUUAUAAGCGUCCGGGUUAGAGUCCCACUCCUUGAAAGUGGCAGCUCUACCCUUUAGCUCAGUGCGGAUGUUGCCUGUAAUCCAUGGCUUCUGGUUGGGGUAUGUACAGUACGUACGGUCACUGUGGGGACGACGUCAUCGAUGCACUUAUUGAUGAAGCCAGUGACUGAUGUGGUGUACUCCUCAAUGCCAUCGGAUGAAUCUCGGAACAUAUUCCAGUCUGUGUUAGCAAAACAGUCCUGUAGCUUAGCAUCUGCGUCAUCUGACCACUUCCGUAUUGAGCGAGUCACUGGUGCUUCCUGCUUUAGUUUUUGAUUAUAAGCAGGAAUCAGGAGGAUAUAAUUAUAGUCAGAUUUGCCAAAUGGAGGGCGAGGGAGAGCUUUGUACGUGUCUGUGUUUGGAGUAAAGGUGGUCUAGAGUUUGGUUUUGUUUUUCUCUGGUUGCACAUGUGACAUGCUGGUAGAAAUUAGGUCAAACUGAUAAAAAAUGUUCCUGCAUUAAAGUCCCCGGCCACUAGGAGCGCUGCCUCUGGAUGAGCGUUUUCCUGUUUGCUUAUGGUCUUAUACAGCUCGUUGAGUGCGGUCUUAAUGCCAGCAUCGGUUUGUGGUGGUAAAUAGACAGCUACAAAAGAUAUAGAUGAAAACUCUCUUUGUAAAUAGUGUGGUCUACAGCUUAUCAUGAGAUACUCUACCUCGGGCGAGCAAAACCUCGAGACUUCCUUAAUAUUAGACCUAGCGCUCCUUCUGUUUACAAAUGGACAUAGACCGCCGCCCCUUGUCUUACCAGACGUAGCUGUUCUGUCUUGCCGAAUCAUGGAAAACCCAGCCAACUGUAUAUUAUCCAUGUCGUUCAGCUACGACUCGGUGAAACAUAAGAUAUUACAGUUUUUAAUGUCCCGUUGGUAGGAUAGUCUUGAACGGAGCUCAUCCAGUUUAUUCUCCAGUGAUUGCACGUUGGCCAAUAGGACGGACGGUAGAGGCGGGUUAUCAAGGCACUCCGACCUGCGUCCCCUCUCUUCUUCAUGCUAAUGACAGGGAUUUGGGCCUGGUCCGGUAUCAGCAGUAAAUCCUUCGCGUCCGACUUCUGAUAUCCAGAAGCUCUUUUCGGUCAUAAGAUGCGGUGGCAGAAACAUUAUGUACAAAAUGAGUUACAAAAAACGCGGAAAAACACACAAAAUAGCACAAUUGGUUAGGAGCCCGUAAAACGGCAGCCAUCUCCUCCGGCGCCACUGGUGUGGACUGUCUGUUUUGAAGACUUUCAGCUCCCUCUCUCAGCUUUCAUUAAGUUUGGAUAUUAUUGAAGUUAGCAUAUCGUUAGCUUAGCGCAAUUGCUGGAAGUCUACCGGUACAGUAGCCAGUUCCUCUCAAAAGCCAGGAAAUAGACUUUGUAACUACUCCAAUGCUGGGUGGUUGGUCAUUUAUAGUCUUACAAAAGCUAUACAUAGUCAUCAAUAUUUUAUACAUUUGUACGUUUUACUGAGAAUCAAAAGAAACAAGAUUCUAUCCACUUCCUCAUUCUCUGUCCCAUAGAGAUCGCAACGUCGGAGCUGUCCGAUUAUGGCACCUGUGAGCGCAAGGGCAGCACCAUUGAGAGAGAUACAACAUUGCGAUCUCUAUACAUUUCUAUGUAACUUCAAAAAUCUCAGAACUGCACGCAGAGACAUAAAAAUGGUAUCUAUGAGUCUGUCUGACUCUGGGUAAAUCUCAAUCUCGCAGUAUUUAAAAAACAAUUUAGUAAACUGAAAUAAGAUGAUUACGAAAAACAUUGGAAAACUUUAACUAUACCGGAACUUACCUUUUGACUGCAAAAAACAACAACAAAAACACUUUGGGCAACACUGAUGUAGUCCCCUGUAGCCCAGUUGGUAGAGCAGGGCCCUUGCAACGCCAGGGUUGUGGGUUCGAUUCCCACGGGGGGCCAGUAUGGAAAAUGUAUGCACUCACUAACUGUAAGUCGCUCUAGAUAAUGCGUCUGCUAAAUGACUAAAAUGUAAAUGUAAUGUAAUAUUAAACGGGGUUUUCAAUCUGGCAGGUAAAGGCUGCCAGUAGAUAGCAAUGUUUCAAAUAAGCUUCACUACCACUGGUUCAGGAGCUAACGACUGGGCUUCACUACCACUGGUUCAGUAGCUAACGACUGAGCUUCACUACCACUGGUUCAGGAGCUAACGACUGGGCUUCACUACCACUGGUUCAGGAGCUAACGACUGAGCUUCACUACCACUGGUUCAGUAGCUAACGACUGGGCUUCACUACCACUGGUUCAGGAGCUAACGACUGAGCUUCACUACCACUGGUUCAGGAGCUAACGACUGAGCUUCACUACCACUGGUUCAGGAGCUAACGACUGGGCUUCACUACCACUGGUUCAGGAGCUAACGACUGAGCUUCACUACCACUGGUUCAGUAGCUAACGACUGAGCUUCACUACCACUGGUUCAGGAGCUAACGACUGGGCUUCACUACCACUGGUUCAGGAGCUAACGACUGAGCUUCACUACCACUGGUUCAGGAGCUAACGACUGAGCUUCACUACCACUGGUUCAGUAGCUAACGACUGAGCUUCACUACCACUGGUUCAGGAGCUAACGACUGGGCUUCACUACCACUGGUUCAGGAGCUAACGACUGAGCUUCACUACCACUGGUUCAGUAGCUAACGACUGAGCUUCACUACCACUGGUUCAGUAGCUAACGACUGAGCUUCACUACCACUGGUUCAGGAGCUAACGACUGAGCUUCACUACCACUGGUUCAGGAGCUAACGACUGAGCUUCACUACCACUGGUUCAGGAGCUAACGACUGAGCUUCACUACCACUGGUUCAGGAGCUAACGACUGAGCUUCACUACCACUGGUUCAGGAGCUAACGACUGGGCUUCACUACCACUGGUUCAGUAGCUAACGACUGAGCUUCACUACCACUGGUUCAGGAGCUAACGACUGAGCUUCACUACCACUGGUUCAGGAGCUAACGACUGAGCUUCACUACCACUGGUUCAGGAGCUAACGACUGAGCUUCACUACCACUGGUUCAGGAGCUAACGACUGGGCUUCACUACCACUGGUUCAGUAGCUAACGACUGGGCUUCACUACCACUGGUUCAGGAGCUAACGACUGGGCUUCACUACCACUGGUUCAGGAGCUAACGACUGGGCUUCACUACCACUGGUUCAGGAGCUAACGACUGAGCUUCACUACCACUGGUUCAGGAGCUAACGACUGGGCUUCACUACCACUGGUUCAGGAGCUAACGACUGGGCUUCACUACCACUGGUUCAGUAGCUAACGACUGAGCUUCACUACCACUGGUUCAGGAGCUAACGACUGAGCUUCACUACCACUGGUUCAGGAGCUAACGACUGAGCUUCACUACCACUGGUUCAGGAGCUAACGACUGAGCUUCACUACCACUGGUUCAGGAGCUAACGACUGAGCUUCACUACCACUGGUUCAGUAGCUAACGACUGAGCUUCACUACCACUGGUUCAGUAGCUAACGACUGAGCUUCACUACCACUGGUUCAGGAGCUAACGACUGGGCUUCACUACCACUGGUUCAGGAGCUAACGACUGGGCUUCACUACCACUGGUUCAGGAGCUAACGACUGGGCUUCACUACCACUGGUUCAGGAGCUAACGACUGGGCUUCACUACCACUGGUUCAGGAGCUAACGACUGAGCUUCACUACCACUGGUUCAGGAGCUAACGACUGAGCUUCACUACCACUGGUUCAGGAGCUAACGACUGGGCUUCACUACCACUGGUUCAGGAGCUAACGACUGGGCUUCACUACCACUGGUUCAGGAGCUAACGACUGGGCUUCACUACCACUGGUUCAGUAGCUAACGUUGGAAGACAUCUGAGGGCGUGUGCGGCGUGUAAGAGUGACCCCCAGGCGUGACCCACAGGCGUGACCCACAGGCGUGAACAUUGACGGUGGUCGGUCACAAAAUGCAAAGCCCUGUAUGGGAUUAUUUUGAGUACAUUGCUGGAAAGGGAGAUGGCAGCCUGUGUGGAGCAGAGGUCAAAGGGAAAACCCAACCAACCUCCACGUUCAUCUGAACAGCACCCACAAAGAAUUUCAGGAUAAAGGAUAUUUUAUUUUUUGGAAUUCGGUCAGGAUUUGACUCCUGGUACCAUAUGAACACACACAAGACGUGGAACAUUUGUAGAAUUGCAGUAAAUUUGCUUUAAAACUGCAAAAAAAUAUGUAUCUGCAACAAGAAGGGUGUGAAGAGUUUAAACAGUUUGGGUUUGCGAGGCGGGGAUUUGUUACUACUCCGGUAUAAUGACUAUCCAUCCAGGUCCUUUGCCACCUAGGAAAUGUGUGUGACCGGACCUUCUCAAAUAGUACUUGAGUAGCCCUGGUAUAGACUAUAGGUCCAGAGUAGCCCUGGUAUAGACUAUAGGUCCAGAGUAGCCCUGCUAUAGACUAUAGGUCCAGAAUAGCCCUGCUAUAGGUCCAGAGUAGCCCUGCUAUAGAUCCAGAGUAGCCCUGCUAUAGGUCCAGAGUAGCCCUGCUAUAGGUCCAGAGUAGCCCUGCUAUAGACUAUAGGUCCAGAGUAGCCCUGGUAUAGACUAUAGGUCCAGAGUAGCCCUGCUAUAGGUCCAGAGUAGCCCUGCUAUAGACUAUAGGUCCAGAGUAGCCCUGCUAUAGGUCCAGAGUAGCCCUGCUAUAGGUCCAGAGUAGCCCUGCUAUAGGUCCAGAGUAGCCCUGCUAUAGGUCCAGAGUAGCCCUGCUAUAGGUCCAGAGUAGCCCUGCUAUAGACUAUAGGUCCAGAGUAGCCCUGGUAUAGACUAUAGGUCCAGAGUAGCCCUGCUAUAGACUAUAGGUCCAGAGUAGCCCUGCUAUAGACUAUAGGUCCAGAGUAGCCCUGCUAUAGACUAUAGGUCCAGAGUAGCCCUGGUAUAGACUAUAGGUCCAGAGUAGCCCUGGUAUAGACUAUAGGUCCAGAGUAGCCCUGGUAUAGACUAUAGGUCCAGAGUAGCCCUGCUAUAGACUAUAGGUCCAGAGUAGCCCUGGUAUAGACUAUAGGUCCAGAGUAGCCCUGCUAUAGACUAUAGGUCCAGAGUAGCCCUGCUAUAGACUAUAGGUCCAGAGUAGCCCUGGUAUAGACUAAAGGUCCAGAGUACAUAAAUGGCUCCUAACCUGUCAUGCAGAAGGCUACUCUCUGUCCCUAACACUACAACUAAAUUAUAGAACAACGAAAUAGAAAUGUUUUAUCAAACUGAAACGGAAUAAAACUAGUAAAUCAACUGAGCUGAAUUUCAAAUAAUAAUCUAAAAACGAAUAGAAAGGAAUAGAACAUCCCCCAACAUAAUAACUAAUAGAAAGGAAUAGAACAUCCCCCAACAUAAUAACUAAUAGAAAGGAAUAGAACAUCCCCAAACAUAAUAACUAAUAGAAAGGAAUAGAACAUCCCAACAUAAUAACUAAUAGAAAGGAAUAGAACAUCCCCAACAUAAUAACUAAUAGAAAGGAAUAGAACAUCCCCCAACAUAAUAACUAAUAGAAAGGAAUAGAACAUCCCCCAACAUAAUAACUAAUAGAAAGGAAUAGAACAUCCCAACAUAAUAACUAAUAGAAAGGAAUAGAACAUCCCCAACAUAAUAACUAAUAGAAAGGAAUAGAACAUCCCCAACAUAAUAACUAAUAGAAAGGAAUAGAACAUCCCAAACAUAAUAACUAAUAGAAAGGAAUAGAACAUCCCCCAACAUAAUAACUAAUAGAAAGGAAUAGAACAUCCCCAACAUAAUAACUAAUAGAAAGGAAUAGAACAUCCCCAAACAUAAUAACUAAUAGAAAGGAAUAGAACAUCCCCCAACAUAAUAACUAAUAGAAAGGAAUAGAACAUCCCCAACAUAAUAACUAAUAGAAAGGAAUAGAACAUCCCCCAACAUAAUAACUAAUAGAAAGGAAUAGAACAUCCCCCAACAUAAUAACUAAUAGAAAGGAAUAGAACAUCCCCAAACAUAACUAAUAGAAAUCAAUAGAACAUCCCCAAACAUAAUAACUAAUAGAAAGGAAUCCCCAACAUAAUAACUAAUAGAAAGGAAUAGAACAUCCCCCAACAUAAUAACUAAUAGAAAGGAAUAGAACAUCCCCAAACAUAAUAACUAAUAGAAAGGAAUAGAACAUCCCCCAACAUAAUAACUAAUAGAAAGUAAUAGAACAUCCCCAAACAUAAUAACUAAUAGAAAGGAAUAGAACAUCCCCCAACAUAAUAACUAAUAGAAAGGAAUAGAACAUCCCCAAACAUAAUAACUAAUAGAAAGGAAUAGAACAUCCCCAACAUAAUAACUAAUAGAAAGGAAUAGAACAUCCCCCAACAUAAUAACUAAUAGAAAGGAAUAGAACAUCCCCAAACAUAAUAACUAAUAGAAAGGAAUAGAACAUCCCAAACAUAAUAACUAAUAGAAAGGAAUAGAACAUCCCAAACAUAAUAACUAAUAGAAAGGAAUAGAACAUCCCCAAACAUAACUAAUAGAAAGGAAUAGAACAUCCCCAAACAUAAUAACUAAUAGAAAGGAAUAGAACAUCCCCAACAUAAUAACUAAUAGAAAGGAAUAGAACAUCCCCCAACAUAAUAACUAAUAGAAAGGAAUAGAACAUCCCCAAACAUAAUAACUCAUAGAAAGGAAUAGAACAUCCCCCAACAUAAUAACUAAUAGAAAGGAAUAGAACAUCCCCAAACAUAAUAACUAAUAGAAAGGAAUAGAACAUCCCCAAACAUAAUAACUAAUAGAAAGGAAUAGAACAUCCCCAACAUAAUAACUAAUAGAAAGGAAUAGAACAUCCCCCAACAUAAUAACUAAUAGAAAGGAAUAGAACAUCCCCCAACAUAAUAACUAAUAGAAAGGAAUAGAACAUCCCCAAACAUAAUAACUAAUAGAAAGGAAUAGAACAUCCCCAAACAUAAUAACUAAUAGAAAGGAAUAGAACAUCCCCAACAUAAUAACUAAUAGAAAGGAAUAGAACAUCCCCAAACAUAAUAACUAAUAGAAAGGAAUAGAACAUCCCCAAACAUAAUAACUAAUAGAAAGGAAUAGAACAUCCCCAAACAUAAUAACUAAUAGAAAGGAAUAGAACAUCCCCAAACAUAAUAACUAAUAGAAAGGAAUAGAACAACCCCAAACAUAAUAACUAAUAGAAAGGAAUAGAACAUCCCCAAACAUAAUAACUAAUAGAAAGGAAUAGAACAUCCCCAAACAUAAUAACUAAUAGAAAGGAAUAGAACAUCCCCCAACAUAAUAACUAAUAGAAAGGAAUAGAACAUCCCCAAACAUAAUAACUAAUAGAAAGGAAUAGAACAUCCCCAAACAUAAUAACUAAUAGAAAGGAAUAGAACAUCCCCCAACAUAAUAACUAAUAGAAAGGAAUAGAACAUCCCCCAACAUAAUAACUAAUAGAAAGGAAUAGAACAUCCCCAAACAUAACUAAUAGAAAGGAAUAGAACAUCCCCAAACACAAUAACUAAUAGAAAGGAAUAGAACAUCCCCCAACAUAAUAACUAAUAGAAAGGAAUAGAACAUCCCCCAACAUAAUAACUAAUAGAAAGGAAUAGAACAUCCCCAACAUAAUAACUAAUAGAAAGGAAUAGAACAUCCCCCAACAUAAUAACUAAUAGAAAGGAAUAGAACAUCCCCAAACAUAAUAACUAAUAGAAAGGAAUAGAACAUCCCAAACAUAAUAACUAAUAGAAAGGAAUAGAACAUCCCCAAACAUAAUAACUAAUAGAAAGGAAUAGAACAUCCCCAAACAUAAUAACUAAUAGAAAGGAAUAGAACAUCCCCAAACAUAAUAACUAAUAGAAAGGAAUAGAACAUCCCCAACAUAAUAACUAAUAGAAAGGAAUAGAACAUCCCCCAACAUAAUAACUAAUAGAAAGGAAUAGAACAUCCCCAAACAUAAUAACUAAUAGAAAGGAAUAGAACAUCCCAAACAUAAUAACUAAUAGAAAGGAAUAGAACAUCCCCAAACAUAAUAACUAAUAGAAAGGAAUAGAACAUCCCCAACAUAAUAACUAAUAGAAAGGAAUAGAACAUCCCCAAACAUAAUAACUAAUAGAAAGGAAUAGAACAUCCCCAACAUAAUAACUAAUAGAAAGGAAUAGAACAUCCCCAAACAUAAUAACUAAUAGAAAGGAAUAGAACAUCCCCAAACAUAAUAACUAAUAGAAAGGAAUAGAACAUCCCCAAACAUAAUAACUAAUAGAAAGGAAUAGAACAUCCCCAAACAUAAUAACUAAUAGAAAGGAAUAGAACAUCCCAAAACAUAAUAACCUUUAGCACUAAUCAAAGCUUGUGUUUCAGAUUGGAGAUGUUGAAGUGUUAUGUCUCACAUUGUUCAGGUGUUGAUAUGAGUGUAGAUGUUGAAGUGUUACGUCUCACAUUGUCCUGGUGUUGAUAUGAGUGUAGAUGUUGAAGUGUUACGUCUCACAUUGUCCUGGUGUUGAUAUGAGUGUAGAUGUUGAAGUGUUACGUCUCACAUUGUCCUGGUGUUGAUAUGAGUGUAGAUGUUGAAGUGUUACGUCUCACAUUGUCCUGGUGUUGAUAUGAGUGGAGAUGUUGAAGUGUUACGUCUCACAUUGUCCUGGUGUUGAUAUGAGUGUAGAUGUUGAAGUGUUACGUCUCACAUUGUCCUGGUGUUGAUAUGAGUGUAGAUGUUGAAGUGUUACGUCUCACAUUGUCCUGGUGUUGAUAUGAGUGUAGAUGUUGAAGUGUUACGUCUCACAUUGUCCUGGUGUUGAUAUGAGUGUAGAUGUUGAAGUGUUACGUCUCACAUUGUCCUGGUGUUGAUAUGAGUGGAGAUGUUGAAGUGUUACGUCUCACAUUGUCCUGGUGUUGAUAUGAGUGUAGAUGUUGAAGUGUUACGUCUCACAUUGUCCUGGUGUUGAUAUGAGUGUAGAUGUUGAAGUGUUACGUCUCACAUUGUUCUGGUGUUGAUAUGAGUGUGAGGGAGUGGUACCUUAUUCAGCUGGGAUGGGCAUGAAACAUAUAUACAUUCUCCCUGUCUCACACCUCUUUGUCUCUCUCUCUCUCUCUCUCUCCCCCUCUCACACACCUCUGUCUCUGUCGUUCUGGCUCUGUCUGUCGUUCUGGCUCUGUCUGUCUGUCUGUCUGUGUCUCUCUCUCUGUGUCUGUCUGUCUCUCUCUCUGUGUCUGUCUGUCUCUCUCUCUCUCUGUCUCUCUCUCUGUCUCUGUGUGCAGGUGCGGGGAACGUGGUGGAGGGGGGUCGGGGCCGAGCCGGGACCAAACUCUUCCAGGACUUCCAGAUGCUCAGCAGAAUCUGGACCCAUCCCUGGUGUCUCCAGCUGGACUACAUCAGCAAGGAAAACAAGGUGACUACACCCCAGGAGAACCUACCUGCCGCUCCUCCCAUCUGUUACCCCUCAACCUGCCGCUCCCAUCUGUUACCCCUCAACCUGCCGCUCCCAUCUGUUACCCCUCAACCUGCCGCUCCCAUCUGUUACCCCUCAACGUGCCGCUCCUCCCAUCUGUUACCCCUCAACCUGCCGCUCCUCCCAUCUGUUACCCCUCAACCUGCCGCUCCUCCCAUCUGUUACCUACCCUCCCAUCGUUCUACUGCCGCUCCUCCCAUCUGUUACCCCUCAACCUGCCGCUCCUCCCAUCUGUUACCCCUCAACCUUGCCGCUCUCCCUCCCCAUCUUUACCUUACCCCUCAACCUGCCGCUCCUCCCAUCUGUUACCCCUCAACCUCCGCUCCUCCCAUCUGUUACCCCUCAACCUGCCGCUCCUCCCAUCUGUUACCCCUCAACCUUCCGCUCCUCCCAUCUGUUACCCCUCAACCGCCUCUCCACUGUUACCAACCUGCCCUCCCCUUCCUCAUCCUCUCCAUCUGUUACCCCUCAACCUGCCGCUCCUCCCAUCUGUUAACCCCUCAACCUGUCCGCUCCUCCCAUCUGUUACCAACCCCUCAUCUGCCUCACCUGCCGCUCCUCCAUCUGUUACCACCCCCUCAACCUGUCCGCUCCUCCCAUCUGUUACCCCUCAACCUGCCGCUCCUCCCAUCUGUUACCCCUCAACCUGCCGCUCCUCCCAUCUGUUACCCCCUCAACCUGCCGCUCCUCCCAUCUGUUACCCCCUCAACCUGCCGCUCCUCCCAUCUGUUACCCCUCAACCUGCCGCUCCUCCCAUCUGUUACCCCUCAACCUCCGCCUCCUCCCACUACCCACGUCCUGUUACCCCUCAACCUGCCGCUCCUCCCAUCUGUUACCCCUCAACCUGCCGCUCCUCCCAUCUGUUACCCCUCAACCUGCCGCUCCUCCCAUCUGUUACCCCUCAACCUGCCGCUCCUCCCAUCUGUUACCCCCAACCUGCCGCUCCUCCCAUCUGUUACCCCUCAACCUCCUGCACUGCCUCCUCCCAUCUGUUCACCCCUCAACCUGCCGCUCCUCCCAUCUGUUACCCCUCAACCUGCCGCUCCUCCCAUCUGUUACCCCUCAACCUGCCGCUCUCUCUGUCCCUCCUCGCCAUCUGUUACCCCCUCAACCUGCCCGCUCCUCCCAUCUGUUACACCCUCAACCUGCCGCUCCUCCCAUCUGUUACCCCUCACCUCCGCUCCUCCCAUCUGUUCCCUAACGGCCUCCACGACCCUCCUCCGCUCCUCCCAUCUGUAACCCUCCUGCCUCCUCCCAUCUGUUACCCCUCAACCUGCCGCUCCUCCCAUCUGUUACCCCUCAACGCCGCUCUCCACUUUACCCCUCAACCUGCCGCUCCUCCCAUCUGUUACCCCUCAACCUGCCGCUCCUCCCAUCUGUUCCACCCCUCAACCUGCCGCUCCUCCCAUCUGUUACCCCUCAACCUGCCGCUCCUCCCAUCUGUUACCCCUCAACCUGCCGCUCCUCCCAUCUGUUACACCCCUCAACCUGCCGCUCCUCCCAUCUGUUACCCCUCAACCUGCCGCUCCUCCCAUCUGUUACCCCUCAACCUGCCGCUCCUCCCAUCUGUUACCCCUCACGCCUCCUCCACACUUUCCCCUCAAGCCUCCGCUCCUCCCAUCUGUUACCCCUCAACCUGCCGCUCCUCCCAUCUGUUACACCCCUCAACCUGCCGCUCCUCCCAUCUGUUACCCCUCAACCUCCGCUCGCUCCUCCCAUCUGUUACCCCUCAACCUGCCCGCUCCUCCCAUCUGUUACCCCCCUCAACCUGCCGCUCCUCCCAUCUGUUACCCCUCACUCCUCCUCCAUCUUUACCCCACCUGCCGCUCCUCCCAUCUGUUACCCCACCUCCCUACAACCCCUCAACGCUCCUCCCAUCUGUUUACCCCCUCAACCUGCCGCUCCUCCCAUCUGUUACCCCUCAACCUGCCCCUCCCAUCUGUUACCCCUCAACCUGCCGCUCCUCCCAUCUGUUACCCACCCCUCAACCUGCCCGCUCCUCCCAUCUGUUACCCCUCAACCUGCCGCUCCUCCCAUCUGUUACCCCUCAACCUGCCGCUCCUCCCAUCUGUUACCCCUCAACCUGCCGCUCCUCCCAUCUGUUACCCCUCAACCUGCCGCUCCUCCCAUCUGUUACCCCUCAACCUGCCGCUCCUCCCAUCUGUUACCCCUCAACCGCCGCUCCUCCCAUCUGUUACCCCUCAACCUGCCGCUCCUCCAUCUGUUACCCCUCAACCUGCCGCUCCUCCCAUCUGUUACCCCUCAACCUGCCGCUCCUCCCAUCUGUUACCCCUCAACCUGCCGCUACCAUCUGUUACCCCUCAACCUUCCGCUCCUCCAUCUUUACCCUCAACCUGCCGCUCCUCCCAUCUGUUACCCCUCAACCUGCCGCUACCAUCUGUUACCCCUCAACCUUCCGCUCCUCCCAUCUGUUACCCCUCAACCCGCCGCUCCUCCCAUCUGUUACCCCUCAACCCGCCGCUCCUCCCAUCUGUUACCCCUCAACCUGCCGCUCCUCCCAUCUGUUACCCCUCAACCUGCCGCUCCUCCCAUCUGUUACCCCUCAACCCGCCGCUCCUCCCAUCUGUUACCCCUCAACCCGCCGCUCCUCCCAUCUGUUACCCCCUCAAUCUGCCGCUCCUCCCAUCUGUUACCCCUCAACCUGCCGCUCCUCCCAUCUGUUACCCCUCAACCCGCCGCUCCUCCCAUCUGUUACCCCUCCUCGCCAGAGCUCCUAUUGGUUCCAAUGGAACAUUUUGGGCCUGCUGGUAGCUUUGAGGCCUUUGUACUUGUCUUUAUUAAACCAUGUUCCUGCUCUGAUUUGACUUUCGGUGUAUCUUGUGUUUUAGGGGUUCUGACUGUGUAUCUUGUGUUUUAGGGGUUCUGACUGUGUAUCUUGUGUUUUAGGGGUACUUUGAUGAGGACAGCAUGGAAGAGUUCAUCGCCUCGGAGACCGAGGAGUCUUCUAUGAGCAUGACCUCUGAGGACGAGAAACAGAAAAAGUAACCACGUUAUUUACAGGAAUGCAAACUCGUCACUUUUCGGCUAUAUUCACCUUUUUUGCGAUAUUCUCCGUUGUGUAGCUCUGUGGGAAGAAAACGGUGUGGGGGGGGUCUGACAAAGUACGCAGAGUGUAUCACCCAUUGAGCUAUAAAAGAGGCCCAGAGUGUAUCACCCAUUCAAUAAAAUCUAUUUAUAAAGCCCUUUUUACAUCAGUAGAUGUCACAAAGUGCUAUACAGAAACCCAGCCUAAAACCCCAAACAGCAAGCAAUGCAGAUGUAGAAGCACAGUGGCUAGGAAAAACUCCCUAGAAAGGCAGGAACCUAGGAAGAAACCUAGAGAGGAACCAGGCUCUGAGGGGUGGCCAGUCCUCUUCUGGCUGUGCCGGGGGGAGAUUAUAACAGUACAUGGCCAUUAAGGCCAGAUUUUUCUCCAAGAUGUUCAAACCUUCAUAGAUGACCAGCAGGGUCAAAUAAUAAUCACAGUGGUUGCAACAGGUCAGUACAUCAGGAGUAAAUGUCACUUGGCUUUUCAUAGCCGGGCAUUUAGAGGUUGAAAUAGCAGGUGGCGUAGAGAGAGAGAGUUGAAAACAGCAGGUCCGGGACAAGGUAGCACGUCCGGUGAACAGGUCAGGGUUCCAUAGCCGCAGGCAGAAGAGUUGAAACUGGAACGACCAGGUGGACUGGGGACAGCCAGGAGUCAUCCGGCCAGGUAGUCCUGAGGCAUGGUCCUCCGGGAGGGACAGAGAGAGAGAAUUAGAGGGUGCAUACUUAAAUUCCCACAGGACACCAGAUAAGACAGGAGAAUAACACCAGAUAUAACAGACUGACCCUAGCCCCCCGGCACAUAGACUAUUACAGUUAGUGAGUGCAUACAUUUUUCAGACCACCAACCUAUAAGAUUGAGCUAUAAGACUCCCAGGGUUGAUCACCCAUUGAGCUGUAAAAGAGGUGCGAACAGAUCUUCUCCCUGUGUGAUCUCUGAAUAAUGGUGGAUGUUUCUCUUAUUGAAAUGAAUGACUGAGCACAGAAUGCAUCCCUACACGUCCAACAAUAUCAGAUUUCAGAGUGAUGUCAGAUAUGGCAUAUCAGAAUGAGUGCUUCAUCCAAUAUCUGGUGUGACAGCUGUGAGAAGCCAGCUGCUUCCCCUAACCAGUCAUUAGUCUCCCCAGCUGCUUCCCCUAACCAGUCAUUAGUCUCCUCAGCUGCUUCCCCUAACCAGUCAUUAGUCUCCCCAGCUGCUUCCCCUAACCAGUCAUUAGUCUCCCCAGCUGCUUCCCCUAACCAGUCAUUAGUCUCCCCAGCUGCUUCCCCUAACCAGUCAUUAGUCUCCCCAGCUGCUUCCCCUAACCAGUCAUUAGUCUCCCCAGCUGCUUCCCCUAACCAGUCAUUAGUCUCCCCAGCUGCUUCCCCUAACCAGUCAUUAGUCUCCCCAGCUGCUUCCCCUAACCAGUCAUUAGUCUCCCCAGCUGCUUCCCCUAACCAGUCAUUAGUCUCCCCAGCUGCUUCCCCUAACCAGUCAUUAGUCUCCCCAGCUGCUUCCCCUAACCAGUCAUUAGUCUCCUCAGCUGCUUCCCCUAACCAGUCAUUAGUCUCCUCAGCUGCUUCCCCUAACCAGUCAUUAGUCUCCUCAGCUGCUUCCCCUAACCAGUCAUUAGUCUCCCCAGCUGCUUCCCCUAACCAGUCAUUAGUCUCCCCAGCUGCUUCCCCUAACCAGUCAUUAGUCUCCCCAGCUGCUUCCCCUAACCAGUCAUUAGUCUCCCCAGCUGCUUCCCCUAACCAGUCAUUAGUCUCCUCAGCUGCUUCCCCUAACCAGUCAUUAGUCUCCUCAGCUGCUUCCCCUAACCAGUCAUUAGUCUCCUCAGCUGCUUCCCCUAACCAGUCAUUAGUCUCCUCAGCUGCUUCCCCUAACCAGUCAUUAGUCUCCCCAGCUGCUUCCCCUAACCAGUCAUUAGUCUCCCCAGCUGCUUCCCCUAACCAGUCAUUAGUCUCCUCAGCUGCUUCCCCUAACCAGUCAUUAGUCUCCUCAGCUGCUUCCCCUAACCAGUCAUUAGUCUCCUCAGCUGCUUCCCCUAACCAGUCAUUAGUCUCCUCAGCUGCUUCCCCUAACCAGUCAUUAGUCUCCUCAGCUGCUUCCCCUAACCAGUCAUUAGUCUCCUCAGCUGCUUCCCUUAACCAGUCAUUAGUCUCCUCAGCUGCUUCCCCUAACCAGUCAUUAGUCUCCCCAGCUGCUUCCCCUAACCAGUCAUUAGUCUCCCCAGCUGCUUCCCUUAACCAGUCAUUAGUCUCCCCAGCUGCUUCCCCUAACCAGUCAUUAGUCUCCUCAGCUGCUUCCUCUAACCAGUCAUUAGUCUCCUCAGCUGCUUCCCCUAACCAGUCAUUAGUCUCCUCAGCUGCUUCCCCUAACCAGUCAUUAGUCUCCUCAGCUGCUUCCCCUAACCAGUCAUUAGUCUCCUCAGCUGCUUCCCCUAACCAGUCAUUAGUCUCCCCAGCUGCUUCCCCUAACCAGUCAUUAGUCUCCUCAGCUGCUUCCCCUAACCAGUCAUUAGUCUCCUCAGCUGCUUCCCCUAACCAGUCAUUAGUCUCCUCAGCUGCUUCCCCUAACCAGUCAUUAGUCUCCUCAGCUGCUUCCCCUAACCAGUCAUUAGUCUCCUCAGCUGCUUCCCCUAACCAGUCAUUAGUCUCCUCAGCUGCUUCCCCUAACCAGUCAUUAGUCUCCUCAGCGCUUCCCCUAACCAGUCAUUAGUCCUCCCAGCUGCUUCCCCUUAACCAGUCAUUAGUCUCCCCAGCUGCUUCCCCUAACCAGUCUUAGUCUCCCCAGCUGCUUCCCCUAACCAGUCAUUAGUCUCCCCAGCUGCUUCCCCUAACCAGUCAUUAGUCUCCCCAGCUGCUUCCCCUAACCAGUCAUUAGUCUCCUCCUGCUGCUUCCCUAACCAGUCAUUAGUCUCCCCAGCUGCUUCCCCUAACCAGUCAUUAGUUCCUCAGCUGCUUCCCUAACCAUCAUUAGUCCUCCUCAGUGCUGCUUCCCCUAAACCAGUCAUUAGUCCUCCUCAGCUGCUUUCCCUAACCAGUCAUUAGUCUCCUCAGCUGCUUCCCCUAACCAGGCAUUAGUCUCCACUCAGCUGCUUCCCCCUAACCAGUCAUUAGUCUCCCCAGGCCCUGCUUCCCCUAAACCAUCAUUAGUCUCCCCAGCUGCUUCCCCUAACCAGUCAUUAGUCUCCUCAGCUGCUUCCUCUAACCAGUCAUUAGUCUCCUCAGCUGCUUCCCCUAACCAGUCAUUAGUCUCCUCAGCUGCUUCCCUUAACCAGUCAUUAGUCUCCCCAGCUGCUUCCCUAACCAGUCAUUAGUCUCCCCAGCUGCUUCCCCUAACCAGUCAUUAGUCUCCCCAGCUGCUUCCCCUAACCAGUCAUUAGUCUCCCCAGCUGCUUCCCCUAACCAGUCAUUAGUCUCCUCAGCUGCUUCCUCUAACCAGUCAUUAGUCUCCUCAGCUGCUUCCCCUAACCAGUCAUUAGUCUCCUCAGCUGCUUCCCUUAACCAGUCAUUAGUCUCCCCAGCUGCUUCCCCUAACCAGUCAUUAGUCUCCUCAGCUGCUUCCCCUAACCAGUCAUUAGUCUCCUCAGCUGCUUCCCCUAACCAGUCAUUAGUCUCCUCAGCUGCUUCCCCUAACCAGUCAUUAGUCUCCUCAGCUGCUUCCCCUAACCAGUCAUUAGUCUCCCCAGCUGCUUCCCCUAACCAGUCAUUAGUCUCCUCAGCUGCUUCCCCUAACCAGUCAUUAGUCUCCUCAGCUGCUUCCCCUAACCAGUCAUUAGUCUCCCCAGCUGCUUCCCCAUUCCAUAAGUUUGAAUGUUAUUUAGGUGUGAUUGGUAGCUGGGGUGGAGAGGGAGAUGGGGUGUAGAGGGAGAUGGGGUGGGAGGGGAGAUGGGUGUAGGGGAGAGGGGUGGAGAGGGAGAUGGGGUGUAGAGGGAGAUGGGGUGGAGAGGGUGAUGGGGUGGAGAGGGAGAUGGGGUGUAGAGGGAGAUGGGGUGGAGAGGGAGAUGGGGUGGAGAGGGAGAUGGGGUGGAGAGGGAGAUGGGGUGGAGAGGGAGAUGGGGUGUAGAGGGAGAUGGGGUGGAGAGGGUGAUGGGGUGGAUGGGGAGAUGGGUGGGUAGGGAGAUGGGGUGGUUGAGGGGUUGGGGUUGGAGGGAGUGGGGUUUGUAGAGGGUAUGGGGUGGGAGGGUGUUGGCGUGUGUGGGGGAUUGGGUUGUGUGGGGUGGGUGGAGGGGUAGAUGGGGUUUGGGGGGAUUGGGGUUUGUGAGUGGGGUUGGGGGUGGGGAGAGGGAGUGGGGUGGAGGGGGUGGUUUGUGAGGGUGUGGGGUGGGAGGGGUGCGUUUUUUUGUAGGGGAGUUGGGGUUUGUUGAUGGGUUGUGGGUUUGUUGGGCUGGUGUUGUGGGGAGUGGGGUGUGGGGCGUUGGGGUUGGGGGGGGAUGAUGGGUUGGUGGGUUUGGGGUUUGCUGGAGGGGGUGGUUGGUUGCGUUGCGGGGUUGUGGGUGGGAGGAUGGUGUGGUGUGUGGGGAGUGGGGUUUGUAGUGGGAGGGGGUGGAGGGGAGUGGUGGUUGGACGUGGGGUGGUUGGGAGGGUGGGGGGUGGGUGGGAGUGUGUGGGUGGAUGGGGGUGGAUGGGGUUGGAGGGAGUGGUGUGUUGUAGAGGGAGAUGGGUGGGGGGGAUGGGGUGGUAGAGGGAGAUGGUGUGGGGUGAGGUGGUGAUAGGGUUUGUAGAGGUGUAGUGUGCGAGGGUGUGGUGUGGAGAGGGUUGAUGGGUUGGAGGGGUGGGUGGUGAAAGGUUUGAAUGGGGUUGGAAGGGGUGGGGUGGGAGGGGAUUGGGGUGGCUUAUGAUGUCAGGGGAUGAGGUGUUCCUGGAAGGAUUGUCCUGAAUGCUUGGGUGUGGGGGGAGAGGGAACUGGGCUGCAUGUGAAUUAGAGAGGUUAGUUCGCCUAUAGGAGGUGGGAGAGGAGAUGUGAGCAGAGGGUUGAAACCUGUUCUGUCAGGGAACGGCUGUCCUUCGAGAGAGUCAGUCCAAUUGAGUGAAGAUGAUGACUGGGAGAUCAGUGGACCUCUUACUGGGAGAGAGUGGGUGUAGAUGGGGUGUAGAUGGGGUGUAGAGGGAGAUGGGGUGUAGAGGAGAAACUGAGCGCUGCCAUCACUGAAAAAAAGUUUCUAGUCCAAAAGUUGUUCUCAAAAGUUCUGCCCCAUAUUACUGGAGUGUGAGGGAGUGAAGAGUAGAAUGGUUUCAUUUGACCAGUCGUGGUCAAAAGUUUUGAAAAUGACACAUGUUAAUUUUCACAGUCUGCUGCCUCUGUUUUUAUGAUGGCAAUUUGCAUAUACUCCAGAAUGUUAUGAAGAGUGAUCAGAUGAAUUGCAAAUUCCCUCUUUGCCAUGAAAAUGAACUUAAUCCCCCAAAAAACAUUUCCACUGCAUUUCAGCCCUGCCACAAAAGGACCAGCUGACAUCAUGUCAGUGAUUCUCUCGUUAACACAGGUGAGAGUGUUGACGAGGACAAGGCUGGAGAUCACUCUGUCAUGCUGAUUGAGUUAGAAUAACAGACUGGAAGCUUUAAAAGGAGGGUGGUGCUUGAAAUCAUUGUUCUUCGUCUGUUAACCAUGGUUACCUGCAAGGAAACACGUGCCGUUAUCAUUGCUUUGCACAAAAAGGGCUUCACAGGCAAGGAUAUUGCUGCUAGUAAGAUUGCACCUAAAUCAACCAUUUAUCGGAUCAUCAAGAACUUCAAGGAGAGAGGUUCAAUUGUUGUGAAGAAGGCUUCAGGGCGCCCAAGAAAGUCCAGCAAACGCCAGGACUGUCUCCUAAAGUUGAUUCAGCUGCGGGAUCGGGGCACCACCAGUGCAGAGCUUGCUCAGGAAUGGCAGCAGGCAGGUGUGAGUGCAUCUGCACGCACAGUGAGGCGAAGACUUUUGGAGGAUGGCCUGGUGUCAAGAAGGAAAGCUAGGAAGCCAUUUCUCUCCAGGAAAAACAUCACUGACAGACUGACAUUCUGCAAAAGGUACAGGGAUUGGACUGCUGAGGACUGGGGUAAAGUCAUUUUCUCUGAUGAAUCCCCUUUCCGAUUGUUUGGGUCAUCUGGAAAAAAGCUUGUCCGGAGAAGACAAGGUGAGCGCUACCAUCAGUCCUGUGUCAUGCCAACAGUAAAGCAUCCUGAGACCAUUCAUGUGUGGGGUUGCUUCUCAGCCAAGGGAGUGGGCUCACUCACAAUUUUGCCUAAGAACACAGCCAUGAAUAAAGAAUGGUACCAACACAUCCUCCGAGAGCAACUUCUCCCAACCAUCCAAGAACAGUUUGGUGACGACCAAUGCCUUUUCCAGCAUGAUGGAGCACCUUGCCAUAAGGCAAAAGUGAUAACUAAGUGGCUUGGGGAACAAAACAUCGACAUUUUGGGUCCAUGGCCAGGAAACUCCCCAGACCUUAAUCCCAUUGAGAACUUGUGGUCAAUCCUCAAGAGGCGGGUGGACAAACAAAACCCCACAAAUUCGGACAAACUCCAAGCAUUGAUUAUGCAAGAAUGGGCUGCCAUCAGUCAGGAAGUGGCCCAGAAGUUAAUUGACAGCAUGCCAGGGCGGAUUGCAGAGGUCUUGAAAAAGAAGGGUCAACACUGCAAAUAUUGACUCUUUGCAUAAACGUAAUGUAAUUGUCAAUAAAAGCCUUUGACACUUAUGGAAUGCUUGUAAUUAUACUUCAGUAUACCAUAGUAACAUCUGACAAAAAUAUCUAAAAACACUGAAGCAGCAAACUUUGUGAAGACCAAUACUUGUGUCAUUCUCAAAACUUUUGACCACGACUGUCCUCGAUAUUACCUCAAUUACACUGUGUACAAAACAUUAGGAACACCUGCUCCUUCCAUGACAGACUGACCUUUCACUGUUGACCGUUAUCAUACUGCAAUAUACAACCUUUCACUGUUGACUGUUUAUCAUACUGCAAUAUACAACCUUUCACUGUUGACUGUUUAUCAUACUGCAAUAUACAACCUUUCACUGUUGACUGUUUAUCAUACUGCAAUAUACAACCUUUCACUGUUGACUGUUUAUCAUACUGCAAUAUACAACCUUUCACUGUUGACUGUUUAUCAUACUGCAAUAUACAACCUUUCACUGUUGACUGUUUAUCAUACUGCAAUAUACAACCUUUCACUGUUGACCGUUAUCAUACUGCAAUAUACAACCUUUCACUGUUGACUGUUUAUCAUACUGCAAUAUACAACCUUUCACUGUUGACUGUUUAUCAUACUGCAAUAUACAACCUUUCACUGUUGACUGUUUAUCAUACUGCAAUAUACAACCUUUCACUGUUGACUGUUUAUCAUACUGCAAUAUACAACCUUUCACUGUUGACCGUUAUCAUACUGCACAAUACAACCUUUCACUGUUGACCGUUAUCAUACUGCACAAUACAACCUUUCACUGUUGACUGUUUAUCAUACAGCAUAAUACAACCUUUCACUGUUGACCGUUAUCAUACUGCACAAUACAACCUUUCACUGUUGACUGUUUAUCAUACAGCAUAAUACAACCUUUCACUGUUGACCGUUAUCAUACUGCACAAUACAACCUUUCACUGUUGACCGUUAUCAUACUGCACAAUACAACCUUUCACUGUUGACCGUUAUCAUACUGCACAAUACAACCUUUCACUGUUGACCGUUAUCAUACUGCACAAUACAACCUUUCACUGUUGACCGUUAUCAUACUGCACAAUACAACCUUUCACGGUUGACCAUUUAUCAUACUGCAAUAUACAACCUUUCACUGUUGACCGUUUAUCAUACUGCAAUAUACAACCUUUCACGGUUGACCGUUAUCAUACUGCACAAUACAACCUUUCACUGUUGACUGUUUAUCAUACUGCAAUAUACAACCUUUCACUGUUGACUCUCUAUCAUACUGUAAUAUACAACCUUCCACUGUUGACUGUCUAUCAUACUGCAAUAUACAACCUUUCACGGUUGACCGUUAUCAUACUGCACAAUACAACCUUUCACUGUUGACUGUUUAUCAUACUGCAAUAUACAACCUUUCACUGUUGACUGUCUAUCAUACUGCAAUAUACAACCUUUCACUGUUGACUGUUUAUCAUACUGUAAUAUACAACCUUUCACUGUUGACUGUCUAUCAUACUGUAAUAUACAACCUUCCACUGCUCUGCCCCCCCCCCCCCUGUAGGAAGAAGAAGCGGGGGAAAGCUAAGAAGAAGAACAGUGACUCGGACAGCGAUGCUCUGGAGGUGAUAAAGGAAUGGAACACCAGCUCCAGAGGAGGAGACCCAUCCAGCCGCAACCGGGCCGAGCCAGAGGAGGAAGGUAUAGAAUCAUCAGCCUGUAGAUUGAUAUAAUGUUGUGUUGUACGUUAGAACAUAUGAUGGGAAGGUACGGUGUAGAACAGAUAUUGUAUGUCAGGUAGGUAGAGGAUUGGAGCAGUGUUUGCUCUGUUCGUUACAUGUCCAUCUGCAGUGCUCAGAGCGUUUCACCCCAUAUGUAUAAUGCCUUGGGAAAGUAUUCCUUCACAUUUUAUUGUUACAAAGUGGGAUUACAAUUAAUUUAAUUUUUUGUUUUUUUUGUCAACAAUCUACGCAAGAUACUUUGUCAAAGUGGAAUAAAAAUUAUAUAUAUUUUUUAAAGGUUAAUAAAAGAUAAAUAACUUAAAUAUAGUCGUUGCGUCAGUAUUCAGCUCCCUGAGUAUUCAGCUCCCUGAGUCAAUACAUGUUUGAAACACCUUUGGCAGCGAUUACAGCUGUGUCUUUCUGGGUAAAUCUCUAAUUGUCAUAAUUCUUCAAGCUCUGUCAAGGUGCUGGGGAUCAUGGCCUAGACAGCAAUGUUCAAGUCUUACCAUAGAUUUUCAAUCAGAUUUAAGGCAAAACUGUAAUUUGGCCACUCGGGAACAUUCACUGUCUUCUUGGUAAGCAACUCCAGUGUAGAUGUGGCUUUGUGUUGUAGGUUAUUGUCCGGCUGAAAGGUGAAUUCCUCUCCCCAGUGUCUGGUGUAAAGCAGACUGAAGCAGGCUUUGCUCUAGGAUUUUUGCCUGUGCUUAGCUCCAUCCCAUUUUCAUCCUGAAAAACUCCCCAGUCUUUGCCGAUGUCAAGAAUACCCAUACCAUGAAGCAGCCACCACCAUGGUUGAAAAUAAGUUACUCAGUGAUGUGUUGUGUUGGAUUUGCCCCAAACAUAAAGUGUAUUAAUUUGCUGUGUUUUGUUGCAGUAUUACUUUAGUGCCUUGUUGCGUACAGGAUGCAUGUUUUGGAAUAUUUGUAUUAUGUAUAUUAUGCUUCUUUUCACUCUGUCAUUUAAGUCAUAAUUGUGGAGUCAUUACAAUGUUAUUGAUCCGUCCCAUCACAGCCUUUGGCCUCUGUAGCUGUUUUAAAAUGACCAGUGGCCUCAUGGUAGCGUCCCUGAGCAGGUUCCUUCCUGUCCCAUCACAGCCUUUGGCCUCUGUAGCUGUUUUAAAAUGACCAGUGGCCUCAUGGUAGCGUCCCUGAGCAGGUUCCUUCCUGUCCUGCAGCUCACUUCGGGAGGAUACUAUCUUUGAUGUGUCUGGGUGGUUUAAUACAUAGUCCACAGCGUCAUUAUUAACCUGACCAUGCUUAAAGAGAUAUUCAAUGUCUGAUUGGUUAUUGUUACCAAUCAGCUUGAAAUUCAAUACUUGACUGGUGGACCUUUAAUUUAUUUCCGUGUCAAAUCGCCAACCCAUCCCUUAUUUCCGUGUCAAAUCGCCAACCCAUCCCUUAUUUCCGUGUCAAAUCGCCAACCCAUCCCUUAUUUCCGUGUCAAAUCGCCAACCCAUCCCUUAUUUCCGUGUCAAAUCGCCAACCCAUCCCUUAUUUCCGUGUCAAAUUGCCAACCCAUCCCUUAUUUCCGUGUCAAAUCGCCAACCCAUCCCUUAUUUCCGUGUCAAAUCGCCAACCCAUCCCUUAUUUCCGUGUCAAAUCGCCAACCCAUCCCUUAUUUCCGUGUCAAAUCGCCAACCCAUCCCUUAUUUCCGUGUCAAAUCGCCAACCCAUCCCUUAUUUCCGUGUCAAAUCGCCAACCCAUCCCUUAUUUCCGUGUCAAAUCGCCAACCCAUCCCUUAUUUCCGUGUCAAAUCGCCAACCCAUCCCUUAUAGGAUUAAUUGACACACAAACAAACAUUACAAUAAUUCACUGUGGUAAUUAAAUUAUAAUUCUUCUUCCGGUGUUCUCUGCAUUGCGCAUCGCAUAAAGAGGGAAAAAAUGUAAGGUAAAAAUCGAUACAUAAUAGUAAAUAAGGUUAUCCAAACAAUAAUUAUAUCCCUAGAGCAGUAAAAUAAUAUACAUGCAUACACACCGUAUAUAUACACAUACAUACAUAACAUAUUCAGUUUCUCCUCAUGGCUCAGCCAUAUAAUGCCAGGGUAUAUCUGGUGGUCUGUCUCCUCAGCCACAUAAUGCUAGGGUAUAUCUGGUGGUCUGUCUCCUCAGCCACAUAAUGCCAGGGUAUAUCUGGUGGUCUGUCUCCUCAGCCACAUAAUGCCAGGGUAUAUCUGGUGGUCUGUCUCCUCAGCUACAUAAUGCCAGGGUAUAUCUGGUGGUCUGUCUCCUCAGCCACAUAAUGCCAGGGUAUAUCUGGUGGUCUGUCUCCUCAGCCACAUAAUGCCAGGGUAUAUCUGGUGGUCUGUCUCCUCAGCCACAUAAUGCCAGGGUAUAUCUGGUGGUCUGUCUCCUCAGCUACAUAAUGCCAGGGUAUAUCUGGUGGUCUGUCUCCUCAGCUACAUAAUGCCAGGGUAUAUCUGGUGGUCUGUCUCCUCAUGGCUCAGCUACAUAAUGCCAGGGUAUAUCUGGUGGUCUGUCUCCUCAUGGCUCAGCCACAUAAUGCCAGGGUAUAUCUGGUGGUCUGUCUCCUCAGCUACAUAAUGCCAGGGUAUAUCUGGUGGUCUGUCUCCUCAGCCACAUAAUGCCAGGGUAUAUCUGGUGGUCUGUCUCCUCAGCUACAUAAUGCCAGGGUAUAUCUGGUGGUCUGUCUCCUCAGCUACAUAAUGCCAGGGUAUAUCUGGUGGUCUGUCUCCUCAGCUACAUAAUGCCAGGGUAUAUCUGGUGGUCUGUCUCCUCAGCUACAUAAUGCCAGGGUAUAUCUGGUGGUCUGUCUCCUCAGCCACAUAAUGCCAGGGUAUAUCUGGUGGUCUGUCUCCUCAGCCACAUAAUGCCAGGGUAUAUCUGGUGGUCUGUCUCCUCAGCCACAUAAUGCCAGGGUAUAUCUGGUGGUCUGUCUCCUCAGCCACAUAAUGCCAGGGUAUAUCUGGUGGUCUGUCUCCUCAGCCACAUAAUGCCAGGGUAUAUCUGGUGGUCUGUCUCCUCAGCCACAUAAUGCCAGGGUAUAUCUGGUGGUCUGUCUCCUCAGCCACAUAAUGCCAGGGUAUAUCUGGUGGUCUGUCUCCUCAGCCACAUAAUGCCAGGGUAUAUCUGGUGGUCUGACUCCUCAGCCACAUAAUGCCAGGGUAUAUCUGGUGGUCUGUCUCCUCAGCCACAUAAUGCCAGGGUAUAUCUGGUGGUCUGUCUCCUCAGCCACAUAAUGCCAGGGUAUAUCUGGUGGUCUGUCUCCUCAGCCACAUAAUGCCAGGGUAUAUCUGGUGGUCUGUCUCCUCAGCCACAUAAUGCCAGGGUAUAUCUGGUGGUCUGUCUCCUCAGCCACAUAAUGCCAGGGUAUAUCUGGUGGUCUGUCUCCUCAGCCACAUAAUGCCAGGGUAUAUCUGGUGGUCUGACUCCUCAGCCACAUAAUGCCAGGGUAUAUCUGGUGGUCUGUCUCCUCAGCCACAUAAUGCCAGGGUAUAUCUGGUGGUCUGUCUCCUCAGCUACAUAAUGCCAGGGUAUAUCUGGUGGUCUGUCUCCUCAGCCACAUAAUGCCAGGGUAUAUCUGGUGGUCUGUCUCCUCAGCCACAUAAUGCCAGGGUAUAUCUGGUGGUCUGUCUCCUCAGCCACAUAAUGCCAGGGUAUAUCUGGUGGUCUGUCUCCUCAGCUACAUAAUGCCAGGGUAUAUCUGGUGGUCUGUCUCCUCAGCCACAUAAUGCCAGGGUAUAUCUGGUGGUCUGUCUCCUCAGCCACAUAAUGCCAGGGUAUAUCUGGUGGUCUGUCUGGAAUCAGACCAAGCGUAUAGCGUGGUAGAAAGGGCAAUAGAGGAUAAAAUGAGUUUCAUUCUCGAUUUCUUCGAGGUCGCGAUAGUUACAUAGUCUUUCCUCCUCCAUUUCACCUCAAUCACUGCAGAAUGCUGUGGUAGCCAUGCUGGUUAAGUGUGACUUGAAUUCUAAAUAAAUCACAGACAGUGUCACCAGCAAAGCACCCCCACACCAUAACAACACCUCCUCCAUGCUUCACGGUGGGAAAUACACCCCCGGAGUUCAUCCGUUCACCCACACUGCGUCUCACAAAGACACGGCGGUUGGAACCAAAAAUCUCAAACUACAGACCAAAGGACAGAUUUCCACCGGUCUAAUGUCCAUUGCUCGUAUUUCUUGGCCCAAGCAAGUCUCUUCUUCGUGUCCUUUAGUAGUGGUUUCUUUGCAGCAAUUCGACCAUGAAGGCCUGAUUCACACAGUCUCCUCUGAACAGUUGAUGUUGAGAUAUGUCUGUUAAUUGAACUCUGUGAAGCAUUUAUUUGGGCUGCAAUUUCUGAGGCUGGUAACUCUAAUGAACUUAUCCUCUGCAGCAGAGGUAACUCUGGGUCUUCCAUUCCUGUGGCGGUCCUCAUGAGAGCCAGUUUCAUCAUAGCGCUUGAUGGUUUUUGCGACUGCACUUGAAGAAACUUUCAAAGUUCUUGAAAUGUUCCGUAUUGUCUGACCUUUAUGUCUUAAAGUAAUGAUGGACUGUCGUUUCUCUUUGCUUAUUUGAGCUGUUCUUGCCAUAAUAUGGACUUGGUCUUUUACCAAAUAGGGCUAUCUUCUGUAUACCCCCCCAACCAUGUCAAAACACAACUGAUUGGCUCAAAUGCAUUAAGAAGGAAAUAAAUUAUUCUUCUGAAAGAAAGAAAAAGUCCAGUGUCUGUGUUCUUUUGCCCAUCUUUUCUUUUUAUUGGCCAGUCUGUGAUAUGGCUUUUUCUUUGCAUCUCUGCCUUGAAGGUCAGCAUCCCGGAGUCGCCUCUUCACUGUUGACGUUGAGACUGGUGUUUUGCGGGUACUAUUUAAUGAAGCUACCAGUUGAGGACCUGUGAGGCGUCUGUUUCUCAAACUAGACACUCUAAUGUAUUUGUCCUCUUGCUCAGUUGUGCACCGGGGCCUCCCACUCCUCUUUCUAUUCUGGUUAGAGCCGGUUUGCGCUGUUCUGUGAAGGGAGUAGUACACAGCGUUGUACGAGAUCUUCAGUUUCUUGGCAAUUUCUCGCAUGGAAUAGCCUUCAUUUCUCAGAAAAAUAAUAGACUGACGAGUUUCAGAAGAAAGUUAUUUGUUUCUGGCCGUUUUGAGCCUAUAUUCAAACCCACAAUUGCUGUUGCUCCAAAUACUCAACUAGUCUCAAGAAGGCCAGUUUUUUUUAUUGCUUCUUUAAUCAGCACAACAGUUUUCAGCUGUGCUAACAUCAUUGCAAAAGGGUUUUCUAAUGAUCAAUUAGCUUAUUAAAAUGAUAAACUUGGAUAAGCAAACACAACGUGCCAUUGGAACACAGGACUGAUGGUUGCUGAUAAUGGGCCUCUGUACGCCUAUGUAGAUAUUCCAUUAAAAAUCAGCUGUUUCCAGCUACAAAAGCCAUUUACAACAUUAACAAUGUCUACACUGUAUUUCUGAUCAAUUUGAUGUUAUUUUAAUUGACAAAAAAAUAGCUUUUCUUUAGAAAACAAGGAAAUUGACCACAAACUUUUGAACGGUAGUGUAUGCAUCUUCCUAUUUGACAUUAGAAUAUUUUGUGUAGAUUGUUGACAAAAAAUGACAAUUAGAUCAGAUCUAUUAGGUUUUAAUCCCACGAUAAAAUGUGAAGAAAUCUAAGGGGUCUGAAUACUGACCACCUGACCUCACUGAUCCAGCUCUGACCUAACCCUUGCCCUCUGCUCUCCCCAGUGCGUCCAGCCUCCAGCCCUGGCACCAGGAGUCAUGACUGGCACAAGGAGUUUGUCACGGAGGCCGACUCUGAGAUCCUGGAGCAUUCUGGGAAGAUGGUGCUGCUGUUUGAGAUCCUCCGUAUGGCCGAGGAGGUGGAAGACAAAGUGUAAGGCGCCUGCCAAGCUCUGGAAAUAGGCAACACUUUGAGACCAGAUGUACUGAAUUGAUCAAUGCUAAGUGCUUGAAUGAAAUGUUUCAAAAUGGCGCAGUGGAACAUUUCCAUGUUUUCAAACGUCCUGUUAACAUGACAGUAUCUUCUAUCCCCAAACAUCCUGUUAACAUGACAGUAUCUUCUAUCCCCAAACGUCCUGUUAACAUGACAGUAUCUUCUAUCCCCAAACGUCCUGUUACCAUGACAGUAUCUUCUAUCCCCAAACGUCCUGUUACCAUGACAGUAUCUUCUAUCCCCAAACGUCCUGUUACCAUGACAGUAUCUUCUAUCCCCAAACGUCCUGUUAACAUGACAGUAUCUUCUAUCCCCAAACGUCCUGUUACCAUGACAGUAUCUUCUAUCCCCAAACGUCCUGUUACCAUGACAGUAUCUUCUAUCCCCAAACGUCCUGUUACCAUGACAGUAUCUUCUAUCCCCAAACGUCCUGUUAACAUGACAGUAUCUUCUAUCCCCAAACGUCCUGUUACCAUGACAGUAUCUUCUAUCCCCAAACGUCCUGUUAACAUGACAGUAUCUUCUAUCCCCAAACGUCCUGUUACCAUGACAGUAUCUUCUAUCCCCAAACGUCCUGUUACCAUGACAGUAUCUUCUAUCCCCAAACGUCCUGUUACCAUGACAGUAUCUUCUAUCCCUUCAUCAGUCUGGUCUUCAGUCAGUCUCUGAUCUCUCUGGACCUGAUUGAAGACUUCCUGGAGCUGGCUGGCCGAGCCAACGAGGAGGAAAAACCCUUUCCAUACAAAGGUACUAUACUGCCCUACACCCUAACACUAACCCCUACACCACAACCUCAAGGCCCUACACCCUAACACUGACCCCUACACCCUAACACUGACCCCUACACCCUAACACUAACCCCUACACCACAACCUCAAGGCCCUACACCCACACUAACCCCUACCAACCCCUAGCCUAGUGUUCCCCAACCUCUAGGCCCUACACCCACCCUGUCCACUACCAACCCCUAGCCUAGUGUUCCCCAACCUCUAGGCCCUACACCCUAACACUAACCCCUACCAACCCCUAGCCUAGUGUUCCCCAACCUCUAGGCCCUACACCCUAACACUAACCCCUACCAACCCCUAGCCUAGUGUUCCCUAACCUCUAGGCCCUACACCCUAACACUAACCCCUACCAACCCCUAGCCUAGUGUUCCCCAACCUCUAGGCCCUACACCCUAACACUAACCCCUACCAACCCCUACCAGUGUUCCCCAACCUCUAGGCCCUACCACCCUAACACUAACCCCUACCAAACCCCUAGCCUAGUGUUCCCCAACCUCUAGGCCCUACACCCUAACACUAACCCCUACCAACCCCUAGCCCAGUGUUCCCCAACCUCUAGGCCCUACACCCUAACACUAACCCCUACCAACCCCUAGCCUAGUGUUCCCCAACCUCUAGGCCCUACACCCUAACACUAACCCCUACCAACCCCUAGCCCAGUGUUCCCCAACCUCUAGGCCCUACACCCUAACACUAACCCCUACCAACCCCUAGCCUAGUGUUCCCCAACCUCUAGGCCCUACACCCUAACACUAACCCCUACCAACCCCUAGCCCAGUGUUCCCCAACCUCGAGGCCCUACAACCCUAACACUAACCCCUACCAACCCCUAGCCUAGUGUUCCCCAACCUCUAGGCCCUACACCCUAACACUAACCCCUACCAACCCUAGCCCAGUGUUCCCCAACCUCUAGCCCUACACCCUAACACUAACCCCUACCAACCCUAGCCUAGUGUUCCCCAACCUCUAGGCCCUACACCCUAACACUAACCCCUACCAACCCCUAGCCCAGUGUUCCCCAACCUCUAGGCCCUACACCCUAACACUAACCCCUACCAACCCCUAGCCUAGUGUUCCCCAACCUCUAGGCCCUACACCCUAACACUAACCCCUACCAACCCCUAGCCUAGUGUUCCCCAACCUCUAGGCCCUACACCCUAACACUAACCCCUACCAACCCCUAGCCUAGUGUUCCCCAACCUUUUCCUUUAGGUUCACUAGAAAUAUUAGGCUAGAAACCAUGUGUUACUGGUAGAAACCAUGUAUACUGCUAGAAACCAUGUGUUACUGGUAGAAACCACGUAUACUGGUAGAAACCAUGUAUACUGCUAGAAACCAUGUAUACUGCUAGAAACCAUGUAUACUGCUAGAAACCAUGUAUACUGCUAGAAACCAUAUAUACUGCUAGAAACCAUAUAUACUGGUAGAAACCAUGUAUACUGGUAGAAACCAUGUAUACUGGUAGAAACCAUGUACCGUAUUGGUCCGAAUAUAAGACGACCCUGAUUAUAAGACGACCCCCCGUUUUUCAACACAAACAUUUAGAAAAACAGAUUUGCAGACUAGAUUUGCCGAACAAAGAACUUCAUUUUAUUUUAAAAUAACAAUAUUAAAAACACAGUGAAUUAAACACAAAGGCAAACUAUGUACAGUAUGAUUCAAAAUUAAUAUCAAGCAAUAAUAAAGCAACAUUUUUAAAUAACAGAGAAAAUACAGGCCACACAUUUAACUAAACUUAACAAAAAUUCGCCAAACUUCUCCUCCGAUGUCUCUCUAUCCCUCACACACGUCCUCUGCCCCGCUGUGUUCGCUCUCGCUGUCAUCGCUCCCCAGCUGCUCCGCUUCCACCGGCUCCUCCCAAAGCACGUCGUCCUCGCUGCCGUCCAAUGCAUUUGAGAUGCAACAUUUUUUAAAGCCAUCGAUGAUGCUCUGUGAGGGAAUAGCAUCCACUACAAGCCCCGACUCCAUCCAGCCCUUCUCCUGGGCGCGCACAAUAAUGCCAGCUGGCAUUGGGUCCUUUGGCACAGUCUUACGCUUAAGAAUGACAUACGGGGGGAGUUUGCUGCCACCAGCGAGACAUGUCAACAUGACAGUGACGCGGCUCUUCUCGUUGCCCGUUGAUUUCACCAACACAGACUUUUCUCCCUUUCUAUUGACAGUCACCGAUGUUGGCAUGUCGAAAUAAACGGGUGUCUGAUCAGCAUUGCCGAUCUGAUCCAGCGGGUAGGAGUGCUUCUUCCUCAGGUUGAUAACAAAGCGCUGAAACGAAAGCAGCUUCUCUCCGAAGUCUGACGGCAGGCGUUGGGCCAAACUCGUUCUCCGUCUAAGUGACAGUCCAUUACGCCGCAUCAUCCUACGACACCAGCCGAGGCUGGCUUUAAAUCCAGUGAUGUUGAGCUCUCUGGCGAUUUCCAGGGCCUUAACCUGGAUGACAGCUCUGGUAAUGGGCAUUCCCUCACUUCUUUUUUCCCUGACAUAUUCAAAAACCCUCCGGUCAACCUCAAUGAAACGACCACUUUGAGGACCACGGAAGGAUUUUCGCUGACUGUUAGCAUCUUUUAGACGUUGUUUUUCUGCUCGCCAUCUUCUUACAUUACACUCAGUGACCCCGAAUGUCUUGGCAGCUUGGCAGUUGUUAGAUGACUCUGCCUUAUUGACAACCAUUAUUUUGAAAUUGGCAUCAUAGCUCCUCCGCUGUUGUUUAUUGACCUGGCCCACUUUUGAGCCACUUGUCUCUAAAUGGUCAGCCUGUCUUUCCAUCUUUAAACACCGGUAACGGGCUGGUUGUUAAGGACGCCUCUUCCCUCCGUCCGGAACGAAUUUUUGGCGCCAUCUGUGCCCGCGAAUGUGUAUUGACAUUUAAAGGGAGCGCCGAAGAAGAGAAACUGCGCUCUGAAUACUAGACCCCGAAUAUAAGACGACCCGACUUUUUUGGACCUAUUUCGAGGGGAAAAAAGGCCGUCUUAUAUUCGGACCAAUACGGUAUACUGGUAGAAACCAUGUAUACUGGUAGAAACCAUGUAUACUGCUAGAAACCACGUAUACUGCUAGAAACCAUGUAUACUGGUAGAAACAUGUAUACUGGUAGAAACCAUGUAUACUGGUAGAAACCAUGUAUACUGCUAGAAACCAUGUAUACUGCUAGAAACCAUGUAUACUGCUAGAAACCAUGUAUACUGCUAGAAACCAUGUAUUACUGGUAGAAACCAUGUAUUACUGGUAGAAACCAUGUAUACUGCUAGAAACCAUGUAUUACUGGUAGAAACCAUGUAUACUGCUAGAAACCAUGUAUACUGGUAGAAACCAUGUAUACUGCUAGAAACCAUGUAUACUGCUAGAAACCAUGUAUACUGCUAGAAACCAUGUAUACUGCUAGAAACCAUGUAUUACUGGUAGAAACCAUGUGUUACUGGUAGAAUACUAAGGUCGUACUGACAGAAAGCAACAAACUCUGAAGACAUGCAACAUGUGUACAUGCACACACUGUCGCUCUCCGCCCCUCCUCUCAGCACAGCCUCUGGCGUUAGGUGAUGUUCUUAAUUAAACCUCGGCAGCUGUUUUUGCUUUCAUUUUGAUGAUUAGACCUUUACUUUUUUUUUAUCCCACAAGAAAAAUAUUUGCUUAAGGGUUUGCAAUUUGUAAUGAAAAGAUCAGUGAAGUAAUUGGAACCAUACUGAAUGUUAGAGUUGUGGAGCAGGCAGCGUGGCAGGCUGUAUUAAAAAGCUGAACACACUCUCUGUUAUGGAAGUACUUUAGCUUACACCUCUCUCAGUACUUUAGCUUACACCUCUCUUAGUACUUUAGCUUACACCUCUCUUAGUACUUUAGCUUACACCUCUCUCAGUACUUUAGCUUACACCUCUCUCAGUACUUUAGCUUACACCUCUCUCAGUACUUUAGCUUACACCUCUCUUAGUACUUUAGCUUACACCUCUCGCAGUACUUUAGCUUACACCUCUCUCAGUACUUUAGCUUACACCUCUCUCAGUACUUUAGCUUACACCUCUCUCUCAGUACUUUAGCUUACACCUCUCUUAGUACUUUAGCUUACACCUCUCUCAGUACUUUAGCUUACACCUCUCUCAGUACUUUAGCUUACACCUCUCUCUCAGUACUUUAGCUUACACCUCUCUCAGUACUUUAGCUUACACCUCUCUCAGUACUUUAGCUUACACAUCUCUCAGUACUUUAGCUUACACCUCUCUUAGUACUUUAGCUUACACCUCUCUCAGUACUUUAGCUUACACCUCUCUCUCAGUACUUUAGCUUACACCUCUCUCUCAGUACUUUAGCUUACACCUCUCUCAGUACUUUAGCUUACACCUCUCUCUCAGUACUUUAGCUUACAACUCUCUCUCAGUACUUUAGCUUACAACUCUCUCAGUACUUUAGCUUACACCUCUCUCAGUACUUUAGCUUACACCUCUCUCAGUACUUUAGCUUACACCUCUCUCAGUACUUUAGCUUACACCUCUCUCUUAGUACUUUACAUCUCCAUAUGGUGUCAUGCUCAGUUUGAUCUACUCCAGGAAGUGAUAUUGCAGACUUUCUCAUUGAGUAUCUGAAGUUGAAGACCGACAGGGUACUGCAGGCUGCCAUUAGCUACUAAAUUAUGCUUAUAACUUAUUUUGUGUGCAAUUUAAAUGACUUUUUCCCUUCCACUAUAAUGGGGGAUCCUGUUUUCUGCAAACAAUGCCUGCAGUACUGCGGUCAUCCUUGAACUUAAUGGCUUCGUUAAGUUGGGGCAGUCGUUCUCCCUGUCCUAGAGUCUAGUGAUGCAUUUUGAAACAAGGCCUGUCUAGGGAUUGUUUUGGGACUAGGCCUGUUUAAGGAUUGGUUUGGGAGAAAGCUUGCGUAUUGCCUACCUAAACUGAAGCUGACAGGAGAAGGCUUGCCUCUUGCCUACCUAAACUGAAGCUGACAGGAGAAGGCCUGCCUCUUGCUUAGCUAAACUGAAGCUGACAGGAGAAGACUUGCCUCUUGCUUAGCUAAACUGAAGCUGACAGGAGAAGGCCUGCCUCUUGCUUAGCUAAACUGAAGCUGACAGGAGAAGGCCUGCCUCUUGCUUACCUAAACUGAAGCUGACAGGAGAAGACUUGCCUCUUGCUUAGCUAAACUGAAGCUGACAGGAGAAGGCCUGCCUCUUGCUUAGCUAAACUGAAGCUGACAGGAGAAGGCCUGCCUCUUGCUUACCUAAACUGAAGCUGACAGGAGAAGGCCUGCCUCUUGUUUAGCUAAACUGAAGCUGACAGGAGAAGGCCUGCCUCUUGCUUACCUAAACUGAAGCUGACAGGAGAAGGCCUGCCUCUUGCCUAGCUAAACUGAAGCUGACAGGAGAAAAAGGGCAAACUGUAUGAUGACUGUACUAACUACACGGUGUUUACCUGUGCAGGUGAGGGGAAGUGGUUCCGGAACAUAGACUACUACCGUUUGGACGGCUCCACCAACGCCCUGAACCGGAAGAAGUGGGCAGAGGAGUUCAAUGACACCAGCAACGUCCGGUAAAGUACACCACACAAAUCACUAAACGACACCCCACUCCCCACUAAACGACACCCCACUCCCCACUAAACGACACCCCGCUCCCCACUAAACGACACCCCGCUCAUCACUAAACUACACCCCACUCAUCACUAAACGACAUCCCACUCCCCCCCGCUCCCCACUAAACUACACCCCACUCCCCACUAAACUACACCCCGCUCAUCACUAAACUACACCCCACUCCCACUAAAACCUCACACAACCCCACUCCCACACAAAACAAACCACCCACCCCCCCCGCUCCCCCACCCAAACUACACCCCACUCCCCCCCUAAACUACCAAACCCCCCCCCCACCCAAACUUUCUCCCACUCCCCCCCGCUCCCACUAAACUAACCCCCCCCAAACCCCACUAAAAUACACCCCCCCUCCCCCCUAAAAAUACACCCCCCCCCCCCCCCGCCCCCAUUAAAAAUACACCCCACUCCCCAAAAAAAUCCCCCCCCGGGUCCCCCCACCAAAAAUACACCCCACUCCCCCCACUCCCCCUAAAAGACACCCCCCUCCCCCUAAACGCACCCCGUCCCCACAAAGCACCCCCCCUCAUCCUAAACUUACAAACCCCCUAAACCCCUAAACGGCCAAUUCCCCACUCCCCCCCCCCCUUUCCCCCCUAAACUUACACCCCACUCCCCCCACUAAAAACCCACCCCCGCUCAUCACUAAAAUACCACCCCCCCUCCCCCCACUAAACCCCCAAAACCCCCCUCCCCCCCCAAACCCAAACCCCCCCCCCCCCCCCAAAAACCCCAAAUAAAAAUACACCCCCCCAACCCCCCCCCCUAAAUAAACCCCCGCCCCCCCCCUAAAUACAUCCCCUCCCCCCCCCGUUUUCCCCCUUCCCCAAACCCCCCCCCCCCCCUCUCCCCAAACCCCCCGCCCCAAUUUUCCCCAAAAAACUACCCCCCCCACCCCCCCCCCUCCCCCCUCCCCCCCCCCCCUCCCAAAAAACCCCCCCACCCCGCCCCCCCCCCCUCCCCCCCCCCCCAACCCCCCCCCCACCCCCAAAAUUACCCCCCCCCCACCCCCCCCCCCCCCCUUUUCCCCCCCAAACCCCCCCCCCCCUCCCCCCUCCCCCCCCACGCCCUCCCCCCUAAACCCCCCACUCCCCCUCCCCCCCGCCCCUUUCCCCCCUUCCCCACCCCCCCCCCCACUUCCCCCACCCCCCUUUCCCCCCCCAGCCCCCUCCCCCCAACCCCCCCCUCCCCCCCCCGACCCCCCACCCCCCACUAAACGACCACCGCCCCCCCCCAAAAAAACACCCCGGCCCCCCGAACCCCCGACCCCCUCCCCCCCCCUUUCCCCCCCAAAACCCCCCCCCCCCUCCCCACUAAAACUCCCCGCCCCCCGCCCCCCUCCCCCCCCAAAUCCCACCCCCUUUUUAAACCCAACCCCCCCCUCCCAAAAUAAAUAGCCCCCCCCCCCCCCUUUCCCCCCCCAAAAUAAACCCCCCUCCCCAAUAAAACCCCCCCCCCCCCCCCAUUCCCCCCAAACCCCCCCCCCCCCCCGCCCCCCCCCCCCCCAAAAAAACCCCCCUCCCCCCCAAAUACCCCCCCCCCCCCGCCCCCCCCCCCCCUUUUUCCCAAAAAACCCCCCCCCCCACUUUCCCCCCCCCCUCCCCCCAAAAACCCCCCCCCCCCCCCCCCCCUCCCCCACCCCCCCCCUUCCCCCCCCCCUCCCCCCGCCCCCCCCCCCCCUCCCCCCUCCCCCUUAAACCCCCCCAACCCAACCCCCCCCCCCCGUUUCCCCUUACCCCCCCCCCCCCUCCAAAAAAAAACCCCCCCCCCCCCCCUUUCCCCCCCAAAUCCCCCCCCCUCCCCCCGCCCCCCCCCUCCCCCCAAACCCCCUUCCCCCCUUUGAAACCCCCCCGCUCCCACUUUUAAAAACACCCCGCUCCCCACUAAAACUACAAACCCAAAUCCCCCCCCGCUCCCCACUAAACUAACCCCCCAUCCCCACUAAAAAUUACACCCCAAAACCCCCCCCCAAACAAACCCCCCUCCCCACUAAACUCCAAACCCCCCUCCCCACAAAAAACCACACCCCCAACCCCCCCCCGUCCCCACUAAACUACACCCCCAUCCCCAUUAAAAAAAACUAAAAAAACCCCCCCCCCCAAUAAAAACUCCCCCUUCCCCCCCCCCCUCCCCCCUUUAAAAAAACCCCCCCCUCCCCACUAAACUAAACCCCCCCCCCCCCGCUCCCCCCCUUAAAAUACAAACCCCGCUCCCCCUAAACACCAAAACCCCCCUCCCCCUAAAAAUACCCUCCCAAAUCCCCCUUAAACUACCCCGCGCCCCCCUAAACUACAAACCCCCACUCCCCCCUAAACUAAACCCCCCUCCCACCCAAACUACACCCCCCUCCCCAAAAAAAAAAUUUCACCCCCAAAAUCCCCCCGCUCCCCCAACCCCAAAAAAAAACCCCCUCCCCCCAAAAAAAACUACAACCCCCCCUUCCCCCCUAAAAACACAAACCCCCCUCCCCACUAAACUCCAAAAAAUAAAAAUAAAAAUAUCCAUUUAGCAGACGCUUUUACCAAAAACGACUUACAGGCCCUGGUGAAAACAUUUUUGUGUAUUGGGGGGUCCCGGGGAUCGAACCCCACCUUGGGUUUUCAAGCGCCGUGGGGUCUACCCCCCCGAGGGUACAGGGACCCACAUAAGUUGUGUGUGUGGGUGGGGUGUGUGUGAAACUGGUUUUCCCGUAAACUUUCAAAUUUAUUGUUCUAACCGCUAGUUGGGAAGGGGUCCAGAAACUACCGUCAAAAAACUUCAAACUUUCAUAAAAGGGGACAUAAAAAAAAGGGAUCCAUGAGUUAAUCUAAAAAAUGGCUUAAUGGCCCCAAAAACUCAAAAGCCCUUAAAAAAUUUGGUUCUCAUUUAUUGGGUUUAAAAAAAGGGCGUUUCCUUUCCCCAUAAAAGGGUGUUGCCCUCCCCACUAAAAUAAUCCCACCCCCCCUAAACUACCCCCAACCCCCCACUAAACUUUCAAACCCCCCUCCCCCCCCCAAAAAGGGCCCCCCCGCUCCCCCACUUUAAAAUACACCCCCCUCCCCAAAAAAAUAAAACCCACAAAAUCCCCCCCAAAUUACUUAAAAAAACACCCCAACUUCCCCCCAAAAACCUAAAAACCACUCCCAUUUAAAAAUAACCAAACCCCCACUCCCCCCCUAAAAAAACACCCCACUCCCCCCAAACACACCCCGCUCCCCAAUAAACUACCCCCCCCUCCCACCCAAACAAACCCCCAAAAACCCCCCCCCCCCACUAAACCCACCCCCCCCCCACUAAAUACAUCCCCUCCCCCCCUCCCCCUAAACUACACCCCCCCCCCCCCUAAACUCCAAACCCCUCCCCACUAAACUUUCCCCCCGCUCCCCCCCCUCCCCCCCCUUAAAAAACACCCCCCCCUCCCCACUAAAAAAACACCCCCGUCCCCCCUAAAACUCCCACCCCCCCUCCCCACCCUACCCCCCCCCCACCCCCCCCACCCCCCAAACCAACCCCACGCCCCCCCCUCCCCCCCCGGGGGCCCCCUAAAACCCCCCCUCCCCCCCCCUCCCCCUCCCCCCACCCCCCCCCCCCCCACCCCCUUUCCCCCCCCCCUAAACCGCCCCCCCCCUUCCUCCCCCGGGGGCCCCCCCGCCCCCACCCCCCCUUCUCCCCCCCCGCCCCCACCCCCCAAACCCCCCCCCCGCUCCCCCUCCCCCUCCCCCCCGGGUCCCCCCAAAAAAACCCCCCCCCCAAAAAACCCACCCCCCUCUCCCCCCUCCCCCCCCCCUUCCCCCCUAAAAGACCCCCCCCUCCCCCCCUCUCAACCCCCCCCCCUCCCCAAACUAAAAAAAUUCCCCACUCCCCCUCCCCCCUCCCCCCCUAAACCCCCCCCCCCGCCCCCCCCCCUAACCCCCCCCCUCCCCCCCCCUCCCCCCCCCCCCCGCCCCUUUCCCCAGGAUUUUCCCCCCCCCCGGGAACCCCCUCCCCCCCGCCCCCCCCCACCUUUUUCCCCCCCUAAACCCCUUUUCCCCUUCCCCCCCGCCCCCCCUCCCCCCCCGCCCCUGCAAAACCCCCCCCCGGGCCCCCCCCCGGCCCCCUCAAAACCAAAACCCAAAAAACCCCCUAAAAAAAUCCCUCACCCCUAAAAAAAACCCCCCCCCCCUUCCCCACCACAAAACCCCACUCCCCCUACCCAAAACCCCCCAACGCCCCACAAACAAAACCCCCACCCCCCCAAAAAACACCCCGGGCCCCCCAUAAAAAAACCCCCCCAAACCCCCCCAAAAAGACCCCGCCCCGCUAACCCCCACUCCCCCCAAUAAAAAUCAAUCCCACCCCCCCCCCUCCCCACCGCCAAAAUCCCCGCCCCCCUCUCCUAAACUAACCCCCCCCACUCCCCCUUCUCCCAAACUACACCCCCCCCCCCCUCUUUAAACCCCCCCCUCCCCCACUAAACUACCCCCCCCCCCAAAACCCACAACCCCCCCCCCCCCACCCAACCUUAAAAACUCCAAACCCCCUCCCCCCUAAACUUUCCCCCCACUCCCCAAACCCCCCCCGCUCCCCCCUAAACCCCCCCCCCCGCCCCCCCCCUAAACUCCCCCCCCCCGUCCCCCCUAAACUCCCCCCCCCCCCCACUAAAAAACACCCCCCUCUCCCCCCUCCCCCAACACCCCCCCCCCCGCUUCCCCCCCCCCAAACCCCCCCCCCCCCCCCACCAAAUCCCCCCCCCCAGCCCCCCCGCCACCGAAACGAACCCCCCCCCCCCGCCCCCCCAAAAAACACCCCAACCCCCCCCCCCCAAACACACCCCCGCCCCCAAACCACCCCCCCCCACAAAAAAGGAAACACACCCCCCCCCCACAAAAAUACCCCCCCCUCCCCACUAAACUUUAAAACCCCCCCUCCCCACUAAACUACACCCCCCUCCCCCCUAAACUACCCCCACUCCCCCCCUAAACUAAACCCCCCCACCACCCCCCUCCCAAAUUUAAAAUACCCCCCCCACUCCCCACUAAACAAACCCCCUCCCCCCCUAAAAUACAAAAACCCCCACCCCCCCCUUCCCCCCCCUUAAAAUCCCCCCACCCCAUAAAACCCCCCCCCCUCCCCCCCCCUCCCCACUAAACACACCCCCCUCCCCCCCCCCCCUUUAAAAGGCCCCCCCCGAAACCCCCCCUCCCCCAAAAAUCCACCCCCCCCCCCCCGGCCCCCCCCCCCACCCCCGAAACGGGCACCCCCCCCCCACUAAAAAAACCCCCCCGGCCCCCCCCCUUCCCCGCCCCAAAAAACCCACCCAACCCCCCCCCCCCAAAAUACAAACCCCCCGGGCCCCCCAAAACCCCCCCCACUCCCCCCACCCAAAACCACCCCCCCCCCCACCCCGCACCCCCUCCCCCCCUAAACCCACCCCCCCCCCCCGCCCCCUAA